GGUUGGGGUGUGGAAUCAGCUGCUUAAAUCCUGGGGAUUCCACUGAGUGUACAGACUGCUAGGAGACUUACUGGGACAUCACUGCUCUCCUGAUCUCACUGAGCCUCCAUCAUGGACCUCUUCCAGGUGUGGACCCUGACUCUCCAGCUGUCGGUCUUGCUGUGCCCAGGGCUUGCAGGUAACUCUUGUUAUUAACAUGUUUAUGAAAAUCAGUUUUGUAAGAUCUUUUUAUAGUAAUGUUCAUCUUCUUGGUACCAAGUUUGUUACAUAUUUCAGAAACGCAAACUUUAGGUAGGUAGCGCAGUUUGUAAAUGUUUGAUCAUAUAAACAAAGCUGUUUAUUUACUGCCCAUAGGCUACAUGGGGAGAAACAUGUACAGUAACGCACUGCACUGACACUGUAACACUUCCCAUGGCACAUUCCUACCCGUCAUUUGCUAAACAGAGAUCAAAAAUAAUUUCUGCUGAAAAGCAUGUAAUUUUCAGUCCGAUCUGCAUGAUAAACACAGCCGUCUUGUGUUUCUAUGCGCAGUAAAGGAAGCUGGUAAGAUAGAAUUCGGUUUUUUAUUUGAUUCUGGGGACAGGAUAUUUUUCCUGUAGCAGAGGGAAAGGGUUAUUUACAGUAAGAACAUUAAAGAUGUGGAUCUAUCUCCUUCAAGAUGUUUUUUUCUUCUUUAGACUCUCUACAGAUAUUUUCUUCCCGCCCCCAAAAAAUAAGUAAUGUUGUAUUUUCUUGAUUGCAUGAAUUAAAAAAUCGGAUUUUAUCCAUUAUUUUCAUUGUACCAAAUAGGGUGACAUGUUGAUAUUCUCUACGCUCCUUUCUAUAACGGCAAUAUCCAUGCCUGGUUGGAUUUCGGACCAUUCUUUAUUAUUGGUUAUUAUUUAUAUAGCGCCAGCUUAUUCCGCAGCGCUUUACAUUAAAAGAGGAAUUUACCAAAUGAGACAAUAACAAAAUGUAACAGGAACAAUAGGUAGUUGAGGAUCCUGCUCAAAUGAGCUUACAGUCUAGAGGAGGUGGGGUAUAAAAACACAAUAGGAAGGGUAUUGAGAGAGACCGCAAAUAGACAAGGUGGGAAAGUAGCAGAACUGGAGAUGAGAGUGGAGUGUGGUCCUCUAGGAGAGAGCGAGAGGAAGGUUUGAGAGAUAGAAGUUACUCUUGGAGGCCAUAAGCAAUCCUGUAACGAUAAACAUGUCUAAUCUAUCGCAGACUGCUCUUAAUCUUUCCGUGUCUCUCUUGACCUUCAGAUUAUGGCAAUAACCCACUAUAUAACUGGUAGCGGCCAUUGUUGUAUUGGUUAGUUUCACACUGAAUGGGUUGUGUUCUCCCUAAAUAUCAUCAAGGACUGCGAUUUCUACGUUCUGAAUUAUUUACACACUGUACCAAUCCUCUCAUUUCUCCUUUACUGGAUCUCUCCCAGUCUUUGUAUUGUGUUCCGCUUAGCAUGGCCAGAAUAUUUCAUUACAUCGUAUGAUUUAACUUCGAUGAAUUUUGUGCCGGUUUCAAGGGAUGGAUGCAGUUAAAUAUUCUGGUUUUGUUGUGUAGGUUUUUAGCUGUUUUGUUUUUUGUUUUUUUAUCCUUGGAAACUAUUUUUCUUUUUUCAAAUUCUGUGGAAUUCCAGACUCCACAUCCUCUAUGCUUAGUUUCCUAAUAAUGGAUUUCUCCUUAAACCCACACUUUCCAAAACGCUAUAAAAGCAGCGAGAGGCCUUCCCCGGAAUAUUGACCUAUUUUUACUCCAGUUUCCACAUGUCCCUCGGUCUGUAUUCAGCAGACUGGUAUUUUCUGUUUACAGAGGUAAUGACGAGGCUGAAUGAUUGUUCUCUGAGCAGGUGUGCCUAGAAUCCCUGAGCUGGACACAUCUGGAAAACAUAAACGAAAUACGCUGAGAAUAUUAAGUCAAGAGACAGACAGUAUUCUAAUUCUGAGUAAUCCAUUCAGGAUAGGAAACCCCCUCCGUAGUUCGUCACUUUGCGUGCAUUGUGCCAAAUCAUAUCAGAAAGGAAUUAUAUUCCACUCUGAUUACAUGUCAGGGUUUAUAUCCUUGUGCAGCGCUACAGUACAUGUUGGAGCUUCAAACACAUCAAAUUACUAUAACUAAUAUAUUUCUAGCCAUGCUAUUCUCCUGGAAUUAAAGCAGAGGAGAUUUUUUUUUUCCCACAUUGUUCAGUGGCCACAGUUGCCAGCUAACUCCCACAAUUCUCAGCCAGGUAUUGAGAAUUGCUUCCCUGGCACUAGAAGGAUUCCAGUACAGACCGACUGAGUGAGAUAUUUAUUACAGUUUAACACUGCAACGAUGUGGGGAAAAUAGAGGCUUUGUAUUAUAGCUUUUUGUAUUUUUACAAAUCUCUUGAAUUUUGAUAAAACUGUUUCUACCCUCCCUCCCACCAUGUAAAGAACAACCAAACAUUACACCCCAUCCCAGCUCCCAUGAUGCUUUGAAAUCCUGACACCUGGGUUGUGUGGUCUACGUUUGGCCAUACUCUCACAAUAUAGAAAUAUAUAUAUAUAUAUAUAUAUAUAUAUUAAGCAGAGUACUCCUACCAUGAUCACUACUACAGCAGGCUGCAUUGUUUAUGUUGGUUGGAAUAACCUUUUAUGUGUUUAAAAAUUAGUUGAAUAUAUAUAUAAAAAAAGACUUUCUUCUGAUAUCCAUGGGAUAACGGCUUAUUUAGUACCAAGGUUUUAUCAGCACACAUGAAAUAAAGUGUUAAUGUUCCUUUAAUUAGAAUUUUUUUAAUUCUUUUUUUUUUUUUUUUUACUUCAGCGUGUCUCCCACUUUGAUUCUUCUAAGGGGUAUAAGGUACCUCUCCACCUGUUUAAUACCAGAUGUUACUGGCAUUUAGUUAGACAGUUGCUAUAGGAAUACGUGCUGUAUUAAACCUCAAUCUUAGAGGAAUAAAUUGGGAGGGAGGUGGCUGGGAUUACCUGUUACUGUGUGUAGGGUAGACAUCACAUUAUUUUUACUGAAAGGUGACGGGUUCAAAGUAAAUCUCUCCGAAGCAGUCUGUCAGGAAUUUGAAAUCUGUUUGCAAUCUCCGAGGAUAUCCUGAAGUUGUUUUUAUUGCAGAUCGGAAAAAGCAAAACACGUGCCAGACAUCUUCCGUCUGCUGUUUCAGUGAAAAAGUGACACUUUUAUAAUCCCAGCAAAAUUGUGAUAAUCAACAAAUCCUAAUAAUCCGUCUGUGUUUGCUUAAAAAGUUUGAUCAUUUUUUUAUGAUGAGACUGGCAAUGCUACUCUGUAUGUUCUGAGCAUCUUUGGCUAAUAACAUCAUAGCAUGCUUUAUCACACGCAAGUCAUUCUGGGACAUAUGGAAUUUGCAUAGGAUGCCAGACUGUGCCAGGACAACUAAUUGGCAACUUUUAAUUUGCUACAUUGUGCUGUCGCAUACAAAAUUAUAGUCCUUCAGUAAACAAUUGCUGUUUGAUGAAUAAAUUGUACAUAUCAACUAUGAUGGUGGCUGGAGGCUGCACCCAUUUAGUGCUAUCUGAUUGGACCUGACUUUUUGGGGGGUCAAUUUUUUUCCCAUUGCUGUUAAAUUCGCUGCAACGGUUACAUUUUUCCACUUCUUCCUUUGCCAACUGUUUGAGUUAUUCAUGCAUUAUAAAAUGUUAUCAGAACAGUAAUUCCAUCCAGGUCGAUGUUUAUUUAAACGUUACAUAAUCAUGUUUGUAGAGUGGUACGGAGACUGGCUUCUUCGUAGCCAGUCUGUCCAGUACCUGGUAGGGGAGGGGGCGAGAGUGUGCUGCACUCUGAUCCUUACACACAGUCACAUCGAACAAGCUCAAACGCGCAACCAAUUUGUUGUGAUAUGUGUAUUUGGUAAGGUCCUUUACAUUCAAAACUUUGUGAUGCAUUGAAAGCUUGUUAAUAAGUUUAUACUAUUGUCACCCUGUAUUUUCCUUCCAUCACUUGUAAGUCCUCCUUGGCACGUGGACGUGUAAUAAAAGUGGUACGGUGGCAAUUACCCAUCUCCCUGACUAUGCUGAAAGUCCAGAGCUAGAUGGUGUGCUCUGCUAAAAGUGAGGGUAACUGUCUGACAUUGUGUAUAAUGUUUUUAAAAUGGUGUGCUCCGCUAAAGGUGUAUACAUGUUUUAAAGAUGGUGUGCUCUGCUAAAGGUGUAUAUAUGUUUUAAAGAUGGUGUGCUCUGCUAAAGGUGUAUAUAUGUUUUAAAGAUGUGUGCUCUGCUAAAAGUGAGGGUAACUGUCUGACAUGGUGUAUAUAUGUUUUAAAGAUGGUGUGCUCCGCUAAAGGUGUAUAUAUGUUUUAAAGAUGUGUGCUCUGCUAAAAGUGAGGGUAACUGUCUGACAUGGUGUAUAUAUGUUUUAAAGAUGGUGUGCUCUGGUGUAUAUAUGUUUUAAAGAUGUGUGCUCUGCUAAAAGUGAGGGUAACUGUCUGACGUGUAUAUAUGUUUUAAAGAUGUGUGCUCUGCUAAAAGUGAGGGUAACUGUCUGACGUGUAUAUAUGUUUUAAAGAUGUGUGCUCUGCUAAAAGUGAGGGUAACUGUCUGACACGAUGUAUAUAUGUUUUAAAGAUGGUGUGCUCCGCUAAAAGUGAGGGUAACUGUCUGACAUGGUGUAUAUAUGUUUUAAAGAUUGUGUGCUCCGCUAAAAGUGAGGGUAACUGUCUGACAAGGUGUAUAUAUGUUUUAAAGAUGCACUGCUCUGCUAAAAGUGAGGGUAACUGUCUGACAUUGUGUAUAUAUGUUUUAAAGAUGUGUGCUCUGCUAAAAGUGAGGGUAACUGUCUGACAUGAUGUAUAUAUGUUUUAAAGAUUGUGUGCUCCGCUAAAGGUGUAUAUAUGUUUUAAAGAUGUGUGCUCUGCUAAAAGUGAGGGUAACUGUGUGAUAUUGUAUGUUUUAUACCAUACAUACUGGCUCUAUGUUUUAUAUUCCUUUUUGUUGUUAUAUCGUGCAGGAAACUUUGCAUAUUUUAGUAUUAUAUUUGCACUAUAUUUUGUCGAUGAUGUUUUUCGUUUUAAGUUGUUGCUGGUCUCGGGUGUUGUAACACAUUGUUAACGUAUGCAGCUGUUUUUGUAAAUAUUGUUUCUCACACAGCUUGAUCAUGUGUUUUUGAAUUUUUUAGAUUUGGAAUUGGAUAAAAUGCUGACACACCGUAGCUGGAAAAGAUUUGUAGAACUUCCAGAUUCUAUAUGUAGGGAGAAUGCAAUUGUGGCAUUUGUCACACAUUAUUCAUUUCAUCUGGGCAUUAUGUGAAAUUCAGCGCUGGUCCUAAAUAGGGCACUCGGUUUAAUCGCUGCCGCAGGUGACCCAAGGAAAUGGCUUUAUUCUGCCUUCGCCCCCUGUAGUUGAGGCUUUACCUCCAAAUAAGGUUGUUGUUUUUUAUAUUCAUAUUCUGCAAAAUGUUGGAGACAUUAAUUCAUUGCUUCAGGGUGAAAGUCUGGGAAUGUGUGAAUCUUACCAGCCAUAAAAAACAAAACCUAUAACCCCGGACUACCGCAAUAUCUGUCUUUGCCCCAGGCUGGGGGGCUUUAAGCUGUAAGUAGGAGGGGACGGGGGUGUGUUACAGUUGUUAGUCUUGACCUUAAAUGUUCUCUAGUGCGUUAAACUCUCUGCCUGGAACAUGGAUCUUACAAUGUAGAAUGUAAUGUCUGCGUAAAAGAAGCCCCCAUGUAUAAAACGACCCCUAUUUUUUGAGCCCAAAAUUAAGAAAUAAAUAUUUUAAACAUCAAAUAGACAACAACUUUGAUAUUUUAGAGGUGACGUCUGACAGGGCCGGUGCAAGCAUUUUUGCCGCCCUAGGCAAAAACAAUUUUUGCUGCUCCAUUUGCUCCACCCACCCAUGCCAACUGACCCACGCAGACUGACGCAUGCAGACUGACCCACGCACAAACACUGACCCAUGCAGACACACACUGACCCAUACAGACACACACACAUCCUUCACAAAUACACAUUAUGAUGUCCCAUUGACCCAUUUACCUUUCUUUAUAUUUGACUGCUUUUCAUUUGUUCCUGGCAGCUUCCCCGCACCUGGCCGCCUUCUCUCCGUCUGAGCCCUGCUAUGCUCCCGCCCACUUGUCCCCACAUACAGGGCAAAGGACGGGAGUGAGAAAUUGAUGCGCCCUCGCACUGUUACGGCAAUGGGAUUGCUUGUGGGGGGCCUGGCUGAGCAGGCUGAGUGGAUGCCACUGGACCAGUAUUACACCGGGCGCUAGUCAGCAGACAUUUAAGGGCUCCCUAGCGCCUGGUAACAUGGCCGGCGGCAUGAUUUGUAUUAUUUCUCCAACAUAGAGGGGCAGUCAAACAAGCAGCAAGACUACAGCUCCCACAAUACAGCAGGUGGUGUGAGGGCAUGCUGGGAGAUUACAGCUUCCACAAUAGAGCAGGCGGUGUGAGGGCGUGCUGGGAGACUACAGCUCCCACAAUACAGCAGGCGGUGUGGGGGCGUGCUGGGAGACUACAGCUCCCAAAAUACAGCAGGCAGUGUGAGGGCGUGCUGGGAGACUACAGCUCCCACAAUACAGCAGGUGGUGUGAGGGCAUGCUGGGAGACUACAGCUCCCUCAACACAGAAGGUGGUGUGAGGGCGUGCUGGGAGACUACAGCUCCCACAAUACAGCAGGGGGUGUGAGUGCGUGCUGGGAGACUACAGCUCCCACAAUACAGCAGGCGGUGUGAGGGAGUGCUGGGAGACUACAGCUCCCACAAUACAGCAGGGGGUGUGAAGGCGUGCUGGGAGACUACAGCUCCCACAAUACAGCAGGGGGUGUGAGUGCGUGCUGGGAGACUACAGCUCCCACAAUACAGCAGGGUCUUUGAGGGCGUGCUGGGAGACUACAGCUCCCACAAUACAGCAGGGGGUGUGAGGGCGUGCUGGGAGACUACAGCUCCCACAGUACAGCAGGCGGUGUGAGGGCGUGCUGGGAGACUACAGCUCCCACAAUACAGCAGGCGGUGUGAGGGCGUGCUGGGAGACUGCAGCUCCCACAAUACAGCAGGUGGUGUGAGGGCAUGCUGGGAUAUCACAGUAGUAUUCCCUCUGCUCCCUGAUCCCCAUUUCCUCCCCCAUAAAUAUAAAUCAGAAAGCAAGACCAACCUCCCAUAUGGCUGCUCCUUUCAUGGUGUGGAAUGUCUCUGGAGCUCUGGUGGUGGUAAGUGGUGAUGUCUGCUGCAGCUUCCACGUAUAUAGGGACCUGUUCCUCCUUGCCACAGCAUUCAGAAGUGGAUCGGCGAGACCGGGUAUGGUGCCGUGGCACACUGAAACGCAGCAGGCACCAUCUUGGCUUAGGCCAUGCGCACAAGUGUUAUUUUUAUUUAACCCCUGCAGUGACAUUCCGUGUAUAAGAUGACCCCCAAUUUUAGAAAAAUAAAUUUUUGAAAAAAAACACUCUUGUACAUGGAAAAAUACAGUAAAUAUAUAUGCUGUUUUUCAGUUAGACUUUAGUAAUAAUUGGUGCUAUUUUUUCUUCACAAUCAAAAAAUUAGAAUGUGAAAAUAUUGUACUGCGAUAAAAAAAAAAAGGAUGGACAGUAACUGAGCUGAUCGUUUGCAGGACGAGUACUUGACAUAAUGUUUUUUAUUUAUAGAGUGUACAGUAUUUAUAUGAAGUCUAAAAUAAAUAGUUUAUUCUCCCCUCCCCCAGCUCCCUCCCUCAAUGUUGGUGAAAGGACACUAUAGUUACCAAAACAGCUUUAGCUUAAUGAAGCCGUUUUAGCAUAUAGUUAAUGCUCCUAAAGUCUCACUGCUCAAUUAUCAGCCAUUUAGGAGUUAAAUCGCUUUUGUUUUUGUUUGUGCAGCCCUAGCCACACCUCCCCUGGCUGUGACUGACAGAGCCUGCAUGUAAAAAAUGGUUUCACUUUUAAUUAGAUGCUACUUUUAAAAGUUUGUAUCUCCUGCUCUGUAACUUUAAUUACAUACAGGAGACUGCUGCAGGGUCUGCCAAGCCGAUAACCGUGCAGGAGAUACGAAAUUCUAAAUUAAGUGUAAACAUUAGAUAACUUGUUACAGGAAGGGUUUAGGAAGGCUGUGUAAGUCACAUGCAGGGAGGUGUGACUAGGGUUCAUAAACAAAGUGAAUUAACUGCUAAAUGGCAGAGAAUUGAGCAGUGAGUCUGCAGGGGCAAGAUCUACACACCUAAAAAAGUUUGUUUAAGCUAAAGUUAUUUUGGUACCAAUUAUGUCCCUUUAAAUUUCUGUUGGCUGCACAGACAAAUCAUAAUAAAGAAUGGGUUUCUCUAUCCCUGGUUAGGGGUAAAUACAUUCACAUAUUCUUCAUAUGAAGGGCUUGGAAUGGGGGGGGAAUUAACCUGACCUUCACAAUAUUGUGAUGAGUGAUUUAUUACCUGCACUAAAUGCAGAGUCCUGUAAAAUAGUGUGAUUCACUUGCAGGAAUUUCAUAACACUGACCACAAUGCCUCUUGUCAUCACUUGCGGUUAUUACACAACGCUGCAGAUUUCGGAAUAUUAUUUGUGGUUAAUGAGUUGAUGGAUAGAGUAACAUAUUUAUUGAUGUUGCCAUAGUAAAAUGGCACAGGGAUACCUUGGAGCAGGUUAGGAUUGUCAAAGUGAUCAAACGAUAAUAGAGUACUAGGCAGCAAGUGAGUUAAACUGGGCUUGGCCACUUCCAGAGCUUUCACCGGCACACAUUGGCAUUGAUUAUAGUCUGUUACUCUGUUAAUAUGCCGUGCUAAAACAUUCAUUGUGCGCAGUGUACGCCGUGAUGGCUGCGUGGAAUCAAUGCUGACAUCUCUACGUGGCUCACUUUAAAACCCAUGUUAUUAAAUCCUAUCCCCAUGCACCGGGAUUUCAACCAAAAUUAUCACCUGGUGCAAUCAGUUAAGGAUAUUAUUGUUAACAGAAUAUAAAGUUUGCCGGUAUUUCUCUGUGAUCUUGAGUCUCUGGCUCUGUGUACGUCUGACCUUUGAUUAAAUUGCCGUGAUCGCUGCAGGUAGACACAAAUAUUGGGAUAAUGGCACAGAGCUUCAAAGCAGAACCGAAUGGUUUUAUUUUAACCCCUCACGUCCCACCCAUUUACUGAAACUUUAAACCCCAAGGCCAUGGCUUUGAUAAAACAAACAGAAACUCUCAGCAAAGUCUGUAAAGCUCAGACCUAAAUCCACGUUCUUCUACAAACAGUAUAUCGUCAUGUUCUCACUGUGCGAGAAUUUUUACUUUCUAGGCUGAAUUGUUUAUAAUUGCAACAAAAACAACGAAUAUGAGAACUUUGAGAACAAAAGCUUAGAGAAACUCUGUUGCUUGCCCUUUAGUAAAUCCCAGCUCAGGUCUCAAAAUCGUUAAUGCCAUUACAGAGAGAACCUAUUCUGAAACAUAUCAGACUGAUCCCACCCAUACGGGCAAUCCAGAACUGAAAUGCCAGCAAGUUCUCUCUGCAUGAGACAUACAGCAACCCCAGACAAUGGUUUCGAGGAUUUACCGAAGGGCAAGCUUCUGUGUUUGCUCACUGUGCCUAGAGGGGUAUCAGCUACACCUCACCGACGAGGCCCAAAGAAGGCUGAAAUGACUGCUUGGGGUCGCUGUAUUUCUCACGCAGAGAUAACUUUUUGGAUCUGGACUGCCCGUAUGGGUGGGAUCAGUCUGUUUCAGAAUGUGUUCUCUCUGUAACGGCACAAGUGAGCAAACAUUAUUUUGAGACCUGAGCGGGGAUUUACUGAAGGACAAGCUACUGAGUCUCUCUAAGCUUUUGUCCGUUGUUUAAUAAUUAUUGACUAACAUUACAAACAAAUAGUUCUCACCAAAUUACAGCAAUCAGUUCAUUAAACAUAACAAAUGGUUUUGUCCUAAUUGACUGUUGCUAAUUAUCCCUGGGACAAUUUGUUGUCUCAGUAUAAUCCUAUGUGGUUGUCAUGUCGGUCUGGCUAUGUUUUUAAUUAACUAAUGUUGCGCAGGGGGGCUGAGCCUAGCUUUCAAGCAGAGCAGACGUGUCGCGCCUGAACUCCUGUGAUUCUGCCUGAUUUUAAGGUGAUAACCCCGAUUGAGUGACCCCUGUGUUAUUCGGAGGGCACUAGCUAUAUUGGUGACUCUCCAGCGAUCACACGGAUACCUGUAAAGUGAAGGUACCUUCCCGCAGGGACCAGAUACUCUCUACUGGGGAUGGAGCUGGGGAGAGGCGACCAAUCUCCUCACUCACUGACCCAACUGGAUCCUCCUGCACCCCUAUCCCCCUUGGACUGGUGGGGGAUAUCCCGGUCCCCACUGGACGCACGAGGCUGCCUAAGCUAUCUCAACCUUUAGCCAUUGGUAGCAAACUCGCGUACAUCUUCCGAAUGGAACAAACAAGAUGGCAACUGCCCCUUCAUCAACCUCAGAAGGCCUGACCGUGCAACAAAGGCCCCAAUGUAUCUCCAUUGACUCUACCUUGUGGGGUCUGGACGAUUCUGGCACAGAAUUCAAGAGCGCACUCAGGCAUCCAUACUUAAACAGGAGGUAGAUAUGAAGGGCAGCAUGCAACCAGAGUGGAACUCCUCUGGGCAAAGCUCUCACACAAUAACUUGGCAAUCCUGCUGCCCGCCUGCCUGAGCUGAGAGCCCCUCGAAGCACUGCCUGAAAGCAUCAUCCACAGAAGUGGAGGAUCGCCCGCCGGAAACGGCAGCCACUAUCCAGACCCUCUGUUUUCCCUGGAAGGGGAAAGGACUUGGCAUUUAAGGAUACCCAAGUCUGUGGACCAGAGAUGUUGCCUCUCCAAAGAAUCUGGGGCUGGGGGGGGAAAUCUGCUUUGCUGUCCCUUCGCUGAUCGUGCCUUGAACUCCCUCAUGUACACACUGCUCCUGCCGCUGGCUGGGAUCGACUGAUCCCUCUAUUGAGCCCACAGCCUGACACCCACUCUGAUACUGGCAGUAGCUGCACCAUGUGCUCAAUUAGUUAAUCUUAAUUGUUUAAUGUCUAACCACCUGCUAAUAUACUUAUUUUUGUGCGUAUGAUUUCUGGAGGUGUGCCUCGGUAUCCCGUGGUCUUACAUGUUACCCAGUACUUAUAUGUCUAUGUACAUCUUGUGAGAUAAAUCUUAUAUUGACCUGCUUUCUAACAUAGGCAGCCCGUCAUGCUAUAAUUUCCUAACUAGUCAGUUAAAAAAAAAAAAAAAAAAAAGAGCAAAAUAAUAAUAUUGCGGCGGAGGCGUAACUAAACUUAUGGCGGGGAACCAGGAUGUGGGUUUUCAUAUGAUGAAGGGGGGGGAGGGGGAAGGAUUGUGCUGGUAUAAAAGGAUUUAAUUAAAUUUAAAAUAAACAAAAUAAAUACAGAUAAAAGUAAAAUCUUCACAUAUAACAAAAACCGCUUCAGUCCUUCCUCUAUCCAAAUGUCUAUUUAUUAUUAUUAUUAUUAUUGCCAUUUAUAUAGCGCCAACAGAUUCCGUAGUGCUUUACAAUAUUAUGAAAGGGGAUUUAACAAUAAAUAGGACAAUUACAAAUAAACUUACAGGAACAAUAGGUUGAAGAGUACCCUGCUCAAUCGAGCUUACAUUCUAUAGGAGGUGGGGUGUAAGACACAUUAGGACAUUAGGGGAGGGCAAGAGACAGGUAAGUGAGGUAGGGGUUAGUCUUGGAGGCCAUAGGCUUUCCUAAAGAGAUGGGUUUUAAGGCACUUCUUAAAAGAUGCAAGACUAGGGGAGAGUCGGAUGGCGGUAGGCAGGCUAUUCCAUAGGAAGGGAGCUGCCCGCGAGAAGUCCUGCAAGCGCGAGUUGGCCGUACGGGUGCGGACAACGGACAGGAGGUGGUCACGGGCAGAGCGGAGAGACCGAGAAGGGACAUACCUGUGGAUCAGUGAGGAGAUAUAGGAGGGGCUAGAGUUGUUCAGUGCUUUAUAGGUGUGAGUUAGUGCCUUGAAUUGACUCCUAUAGCACACAGGAAGCCAAUGUAAGGACUGGCAGAGGGGUGAGGUGUGGGAGAAACCGACUAGAGAGGAAAAUCAGUCUAGCAGCAGCAUUCAUUACAGACUGUAGUGGUGCAGUACGGCUUUUGGGAAGACCAAGCAGGAGAGGGUUACAAUAAUCCAUGCGGGAAAUUAUUAGAGCAUGGACAAGCUCCUUGGUAGUAUCUGGUGCAAGAAAGGGGCGGAUGCGGGCUAUGUUUUUGAGAUGGAAUCUACAGGAUUUGGCAACAUGCUGGAUGUGAGACUCAAAGGUGAGACCAGAGUCAAGUAUGACGCCAAGACAGCGCGCUUGCAAGGAUGCGCUGAUGUUGGUACCACAAACUUGAAGGGAGAGCGAAAGAGGAGGAUCAGUAUUAGGAGGAGGAAAGACAAGGAGCUCAGUUUUUGAGAGAUUGAGUUUCAGAAAGCGGGAGGACAUCCAGUCAGAGAUGGAAGAAAGGCAAGCAGUGACACGUUGCAGGACAGCAGGGGAGAGGUCCGGGGAAGAGAGAUAUAGCUGGGUGUCAUCAGCGUACAGGUGGUAGUGGAAACCAAAUGAGGUGAUAAGUUUGCCAAGAGAGGCAGUAUAAAGAGAAAAUAGAAGGGGACCAAGGACGGAGCCUUGGGGGACUCCAACCGAGACAGGGCGAGGGGAGGAGGUAUCAUUAGAAAAAGAGACACUGAAUGAGCGUUGGGAGAGAUAAGAGGAAAACCACGAGAGGACAGAGUCACAGAGACCAAGCGAUUGCAGAGUUUGAAGAAGGAGAGCAUGAUCAACGGUGUCAAAGGCCGCCGAGAGGUCAAGAAGAAUUAGUAUGGAGUAGUGGCCUUUGGAUUUAGCUGCGAUUAGGUCGUUAGUAACUUUGAUAAGGGCAGUCUCUGUAGAGUGGAGAGGGCGGAAGCCAGAUUGAAGGGGGUCAAGAAGAGAGUUGGAAUUGAGGAAAUUAGACACACGGGUAAAGACGAGUCUUUCCAGAAGCUUUGAGGAAAAAGGGAGCAGGGAUAUGGGACGGUAGUUAGAGGGGGUGGACGGGUCAAGGGAUGGUUUUUUUAGUAUAGGUACUACAGUGGCAUGCUUAAGGUCAGCAGGGACGAUGCCAGAAGAGAGCGAGCAGUUGAAGAUGUGUGUUAGAGAAGGCACGAGACAAGCGGAGAGAGAUCUGAUAAGGUGAGACGGGACAGGAUCGAGCGGGCAAGUGGUGGGGCGAGAGGAGCAAAGAAGAGCAGCCACCUCUUGGUCAGUGGCUGGGGAGAAUGUCUGAAGGGUAGGAAAGGCAUGAUCAAUGUGUGAUUGAGAAACAGAAAGGCAAGGAGGGGAGAAUUCUUUCCUUAGCUGUUCAAUUUUGUCAGUGAAGUAACAUGCAAAGUUGUCAGCAGUAAGGUUGGUUUGGGGGGUGGCCACAGCAGGGCGAAGAAGAGAAUUAAAGGUGUCAAAGAGACGCCUGGGGUUGUGGGAACAUGAACUAAUGAGAGAGGAGAAAUAGGACUGUUUGGCAAGGGCAAGGGCUGCACUGUAUGAACACAGUAUGAAUCUAUAAUGGAGAAAGUCUGACUGGGUGCGAGACUUCCUCCAGGAGCGUUCAGCACACCGGGAGCAUCUUUGCAGGUAGCGCGUUGAUUUAGUAUGCCAUGGUUGGGGGCGGGUCCUCCUUGAGGUGCUUGUUUGGAGUGGUGCUGCAGUGUUCAAGGCAGAUGUAAGAGUAGAGUUAUAUAUGGAGAUUGCCAGUGAAGGACAGGAUAGGGAAGGGAUGGAUAGCAGUUGUGAAUCAAUGUCAGCUGACAACUGUUGGAGAUCAAGAGAAUUAAGGUCCCUCCUGAGUUGAGGCUGGUUAGGCGGAGGUUGUUGGGUGAGGGGGUAAGUGAGAGCAAACGAUAAGAGGUGGUGAUCAGAGAGAGGAUAAGGAGUGUUGCAGAUAUUAGAUACUGUACAUGCAUAAGUGAAGAUUAGGUCAAGGGUAUUGCCAGCUACAUGGGUGGGAGAAUUUGCCCACUGUGAUAGCCCGAGGGAGGAAGUAAUUGAAAGUAGUUUAUUGGCUGCAGAGGUCAAAGGUGGGUUUAUAGGAAUAUUGAAGUCCCCGAGAAUUAGGGAUGGGAUGUUAGAAGAGAGGAAAUAGGGUAGCCAGCCAGCAAAAUGGUCAAGGAAGAGAAGAGGGGAACCAGGGGGACGGUAAAUAACAGCAAUGUUAGCAGCGAAAGGUUUGAAAAGGCGAAUAGAGUGUAUUUCAAAUGAUGGGAAAGAGAGGGAAGGGGGGGUGGGAAGAGGUUUAAAAGAGCAGUGAGGGGAGAGGAGAUGUCUAAGAUGCGUUUCACCGAUGUGGCUUUUUCAAUUUGUAUCAAUUAAACUUCCCAGUUCCUGUUUAAAGGGGCUUAUUGGCUCCUCCUUCAAACUACCUAUAGGUGUUCUGUUUUUCCGCUGUUUCGGAUUCAUUGGACUUCCAACAUCCUUCCUCCUUAGUCGAUUGAAAACUCAGAUGUGACGAUUUUUCGUUCGCAACUACAUUUCCCAUAGUUCAUCUGUUGGGAUGUUGCGAAAUGUCAUAUCCGGUUGGCAAGUAUGUUUUAAAAUGUUUUAACUUCUCAAUAUUUGAAAACCCACAUCCUGGUUCCUGCAGGGAAGUGCCCCCCUGAAAAUUUACACCAAUUUGACAUUUGGGAGCCAGUUUUCAAACAGAACCAGUAUGUGGGUUUUUAGAUGAUGAGAAGUUUUAUCUAAUUAACACAGGUUGGGCCACACUUGGUUCCCAGAACUCGUAUAGCUAUAGACCUAAAUUAAGACCAUUUAGGUUAAACAUUAGGCUGUAUGUAGCUAGGAGAACUUUUAACUCUUAUUUAAGAUGUGUGCUUUAAUAGACUUUCCAUUUAAGACUGGGUUGAUUUAUCAGUAUGUAGUCUGUUAUCACUUGCAUGAAGAAGUCCUUAUGGAGCCACCUGUAUUUAGAGUCAGAGAAACAUUUCUUCCCAUAACCGUAUCACCACAUUCUCUGUUCUUUUCAGCUCAUGAUCUUCCAGUUGCAGACCAAAGGGACAUGUAUCAGAGAGAAAUAAUCCCGGACAUCUAUCAGAGAGAAAUUAUCCCGGACAUCUAUCAGACAGAGAUAAUUCCGGAACUGCCAGCUGAGGACGACUGGAAGAUUUAUCAGAGGGAAAUAAUCCCUCAGAUGCCAGUUAUUCAGCAGAUACAAGGUAAUUACUCCUAACUAAUACAAUAAAUACAAAGAGGAUGUGUGAUCGCUUGGAUGUUAAGUUGUAAUAUAAUGUAUGAGCUGGUACAGUGUAGGGUGAGUUCUUUCUAAACAUCACACACAAAUUACAGGCAAAAAAACAAACAAACUGCAACUGAGCAACAAGGAGACUACAGUCCGCAUGAACAGACAAAUGUCCACUUACCCCUCUAUCAAAUGAGGGUAUUCCAAUAUAUAUGCUCAAAAGAAAGAAAAUAAUAUAGUAACACUGUGGAAAAACAAUAAUAGAGUAAGAAUAGGCACACUCACAUAAUAUGGAGCCUUAGUUGGACAGGCUCAGCUCACUCAGGUGAUGUGCUGGGGUGAUACUAAACCUAUUCACUCCAUUGUAGUGUAAAAUUCUGAGAUAAUAAGGUAAUACAGCUUCGAGUGUAACAUGUCAAAUAAAAAAAGGAUAUUGCAAAGGUAAAAUUAGUAGCUCACCUUUUAUAGAGCAUGCCAUCAAGUGAUGGCUUGGCUUCCCCGGGAAGCCUUUAUUGAAAGAUUUAAAUCAGUCAGUGCAAAGUUUUAACCAAACAGUUGAAAGCAACCAGAAUGUUUAAUAUUCCAUUGCAUGGGGAUUGUUUCACCUCCAUGGGUAUGGGGGUCGAGGAGUAAAUCCCACCCAGAAAAUCUGGUGUAGCUUCUUGUAGUGAUUCUGUGCAGUCUUGGUGCUUAAAAUGGUUUAUAUCUUAUUUACAAGUAAGACUGAGAUGUCUAGUUUUCUAAGAGAGUUUACAUGUGGUUUUACUGUAUUUCGAUACAAAGCCAUCUUUAAGGUUUUCUAGAUCUGUAAAAUGCGAUUCUUCAGCUUUUAAAAUGUUCUAGUUCUAGCACACUGGGUGUGAAGCCAACUGUGGAACAGAUGGCUCACGUUUCCCUGAGUUCCGAGCCUGGCUCACUUAGAUAAAAAAUGUAACUGUGGGGGGCGUGGCUGGGCUGCCGAUGGAGUAGGACGCAGGCAGUGAGAGCUCCCGGGCCCCAACCCUGCCAUAGCCCGUUUUAAAAGCGUUACCACUCCCGCCCGAAUGGGUAAACCGAGGAAGGGGACUGCCCCGGGCCCGCAACUUACCGCCAUGUCGCAGCAACCGGGACCGAUGGACGAGUACCUGUCCACCCCACAAUGUAUAGCAGGCACACGAGGCCCAGACAAAAUGGCGCCCGGAUCGCCGGGAACACAGAGCAGAUCGAGCUCCACGCAGGACUCCCCGCGGAGAGACGCCCUCACUCAGAUGUCAGCUGAACUCGCGGCAAUCUCGGCAAACAUGUUUUCCAGGCAAGACAAGAAGGAGCUGGUGGCAGAACUACGCGCGGCUAUCCGGGAGGAGGUGGCUGCGGUCCGGCGCGACCUCUCCGCCCUAGAACACCGGGUGGGAGACCUAGAGGUCCAACAGCUGCAGUCAGAACAAUCCCAACGGGCCACAGACCUGGCUACCACGAGGCAGGGCAACCUCCUCCUGGAGCUCAGACGCCAGGUGGAGGACCUUGAGAACCGCGGACGGCGCAAUAAUAUCCGCGUCAGAGGCCUGCCAGAGUCGGAAGGAGAGACCCCAAGAGAGGUCCUGGAGGGCCUGUUCACACAACUACUGGGGGAAGAAGCUCCACCGGAUUUCGGAUUAGAGCGUGCACACCGGGCGCUUCGACCACCAAGGAGGGAUGGCCUCCCCAGGGACUUGGUGUGCUGUUUUCAAUCAUUCCAACUGAAAGAAAGUAUCAUGAGAGCGGCCAGGGCACUGCGCACCAUCACCUACAUGGACUCGCAAGUAUCCCUAUACCAGGACCUGUCUCCCCUCACCCUCGAUGCCAGGCGAGCGCUGAAGCCCAUCACAGGCCUCCUACAGCAGAAGCGGAUCCCUUACAAAUGGGGAUUCCCGUUCAGUCUGCAGGCAAGAAUUGCGAAUCGCUGGCUGGCAAUCCGCUGGCCUAAUGAUGUCCCUAGAUUUCUACGAGCAGCGGGCCUCCCUGAGACCCCCGUCCCUAACUGGAUCCUUGAUCACCCGCCGGCCAGGCCCACGGGCCCUACAGUUCCAGCGGAUCACCUGUCGGAUGGUGCCCUGCGGAGCUCCUCGACGCACCGGAGCGGGCCCAACACCGCGGAAGAGUAGGAAGUCUGUAAGCACCCGAGAGCGCGCCCCUGGAGGGGUUCUUGCGCGGACCGGGGGCCCCGAGACCCCCACGUCCUACCCCGCGGGUAAGGUGCACACCUGCCCGUAGAUACACGUGGAUUAACUGAGGACUUGAAACUGAGCAUCUGGGGUAUGUACCGUUCCUCCCCCCGGGCCUGGGACUCCCCUAUGUGUACUAUAAGAUCUGCACCCCCCGGGAACUCAGCACUUGGGUGGGAGACGGGAAAGGGGGGGCAGCAAAGUGGAAGCAUAGAAGGGAACUGGCCACCACCACUUCACACGGCCUCAGUUGGGGCAGAGCGGGUUCAGGUAGAGCACCCAACCUACUGGAGCUAUUAACAGCAUGUCAGGACCUGGUGUGGGGGCGGGGCCUGCGGGGAGGUGGAGCGGGUCUCACUGGAGCUGGGGAGCCAUGGCGGUACCCGGAGGGAGGAGGCUGGAGGCACACCCGUCACACCCCCCCGGGCCCGAGGGCCAAAAGGUCUAUGCCCAGACCCCUGCAGGGCCGAGAGGGGUAGAGAGGGGGGACGACCGGGCACCUGGGGACGCACGAAGGAACUCGUGCAUAGACCGAAACAGGGCACAGGAACCAAUAAGCACUACUUACAAGUGGCACCACUAAAGUCAAAGAAGGGCCAGAAGGCUCGUGGGUCCUCGGAGAGGGGGGAGACGGAUAAUCUGGCAGGGCGGGAGGGGGUAGGACGGAGAAUCUGGACGAGGGGGGGUUGAGGGGGCAGGACGGUCCAUAUGCUCUCCCUGGGGCACUAGGGGUAGAACACUGACGGGGGACAGCUGAGACUGGACGGAAACCGCACACACAUCACAACUGGCGGGUUGGGAGCACCGGGAGACGGACUCGGACCAGACACACACACUAGGUUGUUCCGCGCCGCAGGCGACCUUGCUCACACCCCACGCAACUGACCCGUGGUGUACAAACUAGUCGGAGUUCGGUAGGACUACAGUCGAGUAGCUGCCGAGCAACUCUAUCCGACCGAGGUUCAUUGUUGCUCACAAACCGUUUUUUUAUUUUUUAUUUAUUUAUUUAUUUGUAUUUUUUUAUUUAUUUAAUUUUUAUUUUUUUUCUUCCUUCUCUUUCCCCCCCUCCCCUCUGCCACCUGCCCAUUCCUCUCUCUCUCUGCGUCUCUCCCCCACCCUCCCCUUAUCCCCCCGAGCCCACGUACAGUCAAUUACACAAUGCCUUCCCAGACAGGGCCGGCCGGGGGCUGUUCACCCCGAGGGGCCGGGGGGAGUCUCGCCCCCGCACAACUCAAAGUGUGGUCUAAUAACGUGAGGGGCCUAAACACCCCGGAGAAGCGGUCUCAACUUUUGAGGCAGUUAUGGGCGGAAAAGGUGUCUGUGGCGCUCUUGCAGGAGACGCACUUUAGGGGUCAGGAUUCUCCGAAGAUUGAGAAUAGACGCUUUCCACAGGGGUACUACGCCAAUCACCCAGAGGCUAAGAAAACGGGAGUGGCGAUUCUGUUCUCCCGCAUAGUCCCGUUCCAUCUCAUAGACACCAUGACGGACCCGGGUGGGAGGUACAUCUUUUUGAAGGGCACCAUCGCACACCACACCUACACUUUCGCAAGCAUUUAUAGCCCUAACCGCGGACAGCAUAAAUUCUUUACCAAAACACUAGCCAAACUAGAAAAAUUCAGGGCCGGCCUGCUGAUAUUGGCAGGGGAUCUUAACGCUCCCCUGGACCCCCGGAUGGACACCACCAGGGGGACCAGCACUGUCCCAGAGCACAGCCUACGCGCAAUGCGACGAGCACUGACUGGCAUGGGGCUGGUCGACUGUUGGAGGGUAGCACACCCGGACGAUAGAGACUUCUCCUAUUACUCGUCAGUAUAUAGGCAAUAUAGUAGGAUAGACUACAUCUUCAUGCCCCAGGAGAGCCUGGCGCUUCUCCGAGACGCUUCCAUAGGGAUUAUCAACCAGUCCGACCAUGCCCCAAACACGGUGAUAAUGAACUCACCUUUAUUUAAACCGACCGAACGCCAAUGGAAGCUCAACGAAACCAUGUUAACAGAGCUCGAGAUACGCACCAAGGCACUACAGACGCUUACACAGUACUUUGACACUAAUGACACACCCGACAUGCCCCCUCUGAUGCUAUGGGAAGCCCACAAAUGCGUCAUUAGGGGUCACUUUAUAUCUAUCAGCUCGCAACGCAAGAAAGACAGGGCUCGCCGAAUUCUAGACCUUACGGCACGGAUUGCAGACCUAGAGAAUACACAUAAGCAUAGCCUAGAUGACGACACAUACUUACGACUCACAGAGACACGUAGGGCACUCAAAGCACACUUAUCCCAGGGAUUACUACAUACGUUGCGGAAAUCAGCCAGGCACUUCUAUGAGCACUCGAAUAAGUGCGGCCGACUUCUGGCGCAGGUGCUCCGAGAGAAGCGUAGAGCCCAACAUAUUCACCAGAUACGCACCGGACAUGGACAGCACACCAGACUACCAGAGGGCAUCAUGGCAGCAUUUAGGGCCUACUAUAGGGACCUAUACAACCAAGCUAGGCCAGCUCAGGGGACAGAAGCCCAAAACCAUCGUAGGAAGGUCACAGACUACCUAACGCGACACGUGACUCGCAAACUCACUCCGGAGCUCGCUGAGGAAAUUGAUGCUCCCCUAACCUUAGAGGAACUAGCCGCAGCCAUGAAACGCUCCAAAACCCACAGGGCCCCGGGGCCGGACGGCCUCCCCCUCACAUAUUUAAGAACUUUCCGAGACGCCCUACUACCCCGACUUCUAGCAGGCCUGAACUCCUUACAGGACGGGGGGCGGUUCCCCAAGGACUCCCUGGCGGCGAUAGUAACGGUUAUCCCCAAAGACGGGAAAGAUCCAUCAAACUGCUCGAGCUAUAGACCAAUUUCCUUGCUAAAUGCGGAUCUGAAGCUAUUUACCAAAGCUCUCUCCCUGAGGGUGUCACGGAUCCUGCCGGAUCUCAUUCACCCAGAUCAGGUGGGCUUUAUUCCGGGCAGAGAGGCCAGGGACGACACGAUACGAGCCCUGAACAUCAUACAUUGCGCACGAACCUCGGGAAGGGACACAGUCCUCCUCUCUACAGACGCCGAAAAGGCGUUCGACAGGGUGGACUGGGUCUAUUUGGACGAGACCCUAAGACACAUGGGGUUUGGACCAAAUGUACGAGCCUGGGUGUCGGCGUUAUACUCCUAUCCAACGGCACGGAUCCGCAUUAACGGAGCCCUAACGCAGACCUUCCCGAUUGGCAAUGGGACCCGGCAGGGUUGUCCCCUGUCCCCCCUCCUGUUUGCCCUCUCUCUUGAACCAUUUCUGGAGGCGGUCAGACAGGACGGGGGCAUAACGGGGGUGAAGGUGGGGUCUGAAGAGCACAGAGUGGCGGCCUAUGCGGACGACAUGCUCUUUUUCAUGGAACAACCCAGGAUAUCCAUGCCCAACCUCUUACAGGCGUUCCACACCUAUCACCAAGUAUCCAACCUAAAACUCAACGUUGAAAAGUCCGAAGCCAUGCCGAUAAUGCAGGGAGAGGAGCGGGCCCGGCAGCUGGGCUCCCAGUUCGCCUUCUCCUGGUGCACAACCAAACUAAGGUACCUUGGUACCUGGCUGCCAGCGGACCUGACGCAGAUAUACAAGCUAAACUUUCUCCCUCUCCUCUCCGCAAUCCAACAAGACCUUCAGCGGUGGACGCAGCGGUACGUAUCCUGGUUUGGCCGUAUUGGUGCGGUCAAAAUGAACAUACUCCCCAGGCUGUUAUAUCUCUUUGCGGCACUACCCACCAGGAUCCCCCAGACGUUCUUCAACUCGGUGACAACAGCUAUCCGUAGGUUUGUGUGGAACAACAGGCAGCCGCGCAUCCGUAGGGCGAUCCUGGAGAGACCGAAGGCGGCCGGGGGGACGGGGCUACCGUCAGUGAUCUCAUACUAUAGGGCCACACACCUCCAUAGGGUAGUAGACUGGCAUGCGCGGCCAAGUACCAAACGAUGGGUAUCAAUGGAACUGCAACAGACUCGGGGCACUGUCCCGUCGCAGCUCUGGCUGGGUGGGUAUACCUACACAGACCUGCACACAAAAAACCCGGUGAUAGACGCAACUCUCAAGGUGUGGUGCGGACUAAGAUAUGCCUACCAACUCACCACCUCCCCAAACCCGCUUACGCCUAUUACUCACAACCCGAGGGUUGCAGGUGGCCUUCACCCGGUAGCUUUACGCAAUUUCCAGGGAACAGAUUGGCUCUAUGUACGCCAGUGGAGUCCGGGGGGAACGCUGCAAUCGCUGGGGGACUUAUUGCCAGACGGGCAACCUACUGCUCUCGACAAAUUCCACUAUCACCAGGUUAGGUCCUACUAUACCAAAAUCCAGGGGAGAACUCAACUCCACCGUACACUUACGGAAUUUGAACGCCUGUGCACAGACAGACGACAUUUAACCCAUGGGGUGUCACACUUAUAUACCCUGCUCCAGCAGUCAGGGGAUAGUUGCCCACUAGGCUUCACGAGCAGAUGGGAGGAGGAGACGGGUGCACAGCUGACGGACCAAGAAUGGGACAAAAUAUUCCUCCUCACACAUAAAUGCUCAAUUAGCUCGAAAUUCCAGGAAACCAGCUACAAACUGUUAACACGAUGGUACAGAACACCAGACACACUGAGGCACAUACAGGGGACGGACACAGGCGAUUGUUGGAGAUGCGGAUUAGAAAGGGGCACCAACCUACACAUCUGGUGGUCAUGCCCUAGUAUCAAACCAUACUGGCAAAUGAUCAAGGCAAAGAUCAAGGAGAUCACAGGGGACGACAUCCCCCUACAGCCGCUGCCAAUGCUUCUACACCAUACACCCACCCCAACGCAGGCAUACAAAAAGUCACUGACAAUACACCUAUUGAACGCAGCAAAGGCCCUCAUUCCCCUGCACUGGAAAAGUCCAUCAGUUCCCACACUUAGACAAUGGAUAGACAAGGUGGAGACCAUCUACGACAUGGAGAUCCUGACGGCCUCUAUGCGAGAGCGCGCAGAUAAGUGCGCCCUGACGUGGUAUCCUUGGAGGCAGUAUACCUCGAGAGACGGGGCAUGAGUUGCGGGGCUGCGGAACCGACCUGAGGGGGGAGGUGUGUGGGGAGUGUGCUCUUUUCUUUUUUUUUUUUCUCUCUCUUCUCUUCUUCUUCUUUCUCUCUUUCCCUCCCUUUGUGUGUACUAUCUCUCAACUUAUACCCAGCACGGAGACCCUGAAGCAGACUGGCUUAGUCUGGAACAUGCCCCGACGGACGCACUACCCCACAGUUCAUGGACGACAUACAGGACACGGACAGGCCAUACUGACACAGCCGAAAAGGGGGGUCACCCUCCUAGACAUAACGGCUUGGGUGGAGGCGACAGGUAUAAGGCAGACCUCACAAUCCUAGUGAGUAAUUAGUUUGACUCCCCUUCUCUGAGGGGGAAGAUUUAGAGCACAACACGCCGAAACAUGACUGACCACCUAUAAGAGUUGACACUUAAACAUUCUACAUGCACCUCGGGGUGCACAUGGGGACGCAGGGUUAAACAAAGCACAGCAAUCACUUGUCGGGUUGACCGAAGGUCGACCGACCUUCAUAUUACCCAAGCCGCAGGCAUGGAUUCGUAUGUAGACAACCUCCAGAUUUCGAUUGUAGAAAAUAUGAGCAUGGUUCUGUUACUUGUUUAGAUAUGUCUUGUACCAUUUACCGACAGACCCUAAGCCGCGGGCAUGGGUUCGUAUGUAGACAACCUCCAGACUUUGAGAGUAGAAAAUAUGAGCAUUGUUUCUGUUACUUGUUUUUUAUAUGUCGUGUACCAUUUACCGUUUUACUUACCGUAUGCCUACGGAAUAUUUGAAAAAAAUUACCUUCAAUAAAAAUGAUUGACACAAAAAAAUGUAACUGUGAAAACGGGCACCUACUUGAACAAACUACCCAACACCGAUGGUGGGAAGGAGGAAUGGGGAGGAAAAACAAAGGCUGAUAAGGUAUCGACAAGCCGAGAUAUCGUUGAACUCCUGCGUUGAUCCCAGAGCCGCAUGGGACAAGAUGGCGCUGGGAGAGGAUUAGUCCGCAUACUCAUUGGAGGAUAUCCCAUUCGACUCGGGAGAAGGGACACCCCUCAACCCACUAACGAGAUCUACUGGUAGGCAAUUUACCUCUGCCGAACAUUCCACGGUUGUCCAGCUGAAAGACAUGCUUGCUGAGCCCACAGCCAAUAUCGUGGCAGACAUGGCCUACUUUAAAACUGCCAUUGAAAGCGCAACCUCUCGGAUCACUCUUCUGGAAGCCUCCUUGAGCACCCAAGGCACCAGGCUAACCUCAGUGGAAAACAAAAUCGCUGACAUCCAAAAGUUACAAAUGACCACCAACGUGGACGCAAUAGAGGACCAAAACGGCGCUGUAACCUUGAACUCUGUGGAGUCGAUAGGUCUCUCUGACUUACCACAUUAUGUCCGAAGACUGCUCAACAUGCUGUUGCCACCUAAGCAGGCCAUAGAGGUCAAGAUGGAUGGCAUGUUCCGUCUGCCAAAACCACCCACCGCACCAACAGCUGCUUACGCAGACCUUAUCAUCAGAUUUCAAUCGCUUUCUGACAAGGCCCUUCUGCUCACAGCUGCCCGGGUAAAGACCCCAGUACAUUUUGAGGGAUCAUCUCUGAUGCUGUUCCCUGAUCUACCCGCAGCACCAUCGAAUGGUGCAGGUCACUACGACCAAUACUACAGGUCCUUCAAUGAAGGAAAUCUUGUACCGAUGGGGGAUACCAAAGCAGCUCCUAUUCACCCACAUGGGCAUCACCUACCGAGCAGGGAGCUACGAGGAACUGGAAUCCCAUCUAAACAACCUGGGCCUCAGAGAGUGGCCGGCCCAGGACUGCCACACCCGGACCCCUCAAAUAUUGAAGAGUUCACUCCCUGCGGAGCUCUGCGCCAGCACAAUCGAGAGUAACCGGUAGGCUAUGCGCUGGCAAGUAACCUUCCCUACACCUUGGUGACCGCCAGGUUCCAUCCAUCUCCACCACUGGAGAUCACUAUGGCUAAUGAGCUUCAGCUCCAGUUUUGACUUUUUCUCUGUUCCUAUGACGUUUAUUUUUCAGUUGUUUUUCUGUUAUUUUUUUUUGCUAUUUUUCCUCAAACUUUUCUGAGAUAAUGAAUGCCCAGCCCUAUUCAGCCAUUAUAAGUAACAUGGUUUAUCACUCUGCCACGCUUGCCCCUAGGAACCCACAUGUCAGGGCAUAAUUUGUAUUAUGUGAACCCCCCACCCCUCUUUUGACCCCGGUAAUAAUGCAAAAACGGAUGCUUACUAAUGGUAAUGGGAGGGAGAUAAUUUCCUACAUGGACAGAAUAGACCUAACGACCCAACAUCACUUUGAUAGGGCUCACGUAAGAAUAGUAAGACUAUUAAUAGUAAUACUAGUAACUAGUAAGAAUCUAAUAUAUACUUUUUAAUGCUUUACUUAUCUAGUUUUAUAUAUUUUUUUUGUUUUGUUUUGUUUGUUUGAAACAUAUGCCCAACAGUAACUGCCAAAUAUGCCCAGCUAGCUCCUUAGACAUAUAUGAUGUCCCCCUUUCUGUUCAGUUAUUAGACGCAGUACAUUGUGAAGUUAGGACAGAUUUUUCACAUCCUGAUUCUCAAUAAAAAGCAGAAAUCUGCUGCAGUUUCAUAGUAAUAAUUCACAUCCAUUGCCUUUUAUUACUAAAUUUCCAAAUCAAAUGACCAGAAAGAGUGUCGAAGUCAUAGUUAAACUGUGGUCAGAGUAUCUGUUAGCUGUGAAUUGUGAGGGUUUGUUUUAUAAAGCUUUCUAGUAGCAGUAAGCAUUUGCUAGUACAUACAUGUUUGUAGUAGGACUGAGGAUAAAUCACAAAGGUCCUAUUGAAAUCUCGCACAAUGACCUGCUUCUGGUGGAGCUAGGGCCAGAUAUUCGUAAUAAACAAACAAGAACUGUCCCCUUACAUGUGUCCUGCAGUACUCCAAGGAUUCCAGUAGGGGGAAUUAUUUUUAUUGCAUUAGUUUCUGCAUUCAUGUUUUAAGGAUGAAUUAUUUUAUGUUAUGUUAUUGUUUAACAGUUGAGCCUUUUCUCAUCCGUGGGGAACCUGUCCAGACUCCACGAGGUAGGAGACCAGUUUCGCAAUGUGGUGACAGGCCUUGCUCUGUUCAAACUUCAUCAAACAACCUGGCUGAUUUCCCUCCUGGACGUCCAUACCGUGGUAACAUUGGGAAUAUCUGUGAUGCAAGCCGCAGUAAACGUGUGUAUGGGAGCCAUAACCUUCCUCAGACUGGAUUCGCCCAUCUCAGCCGGCAAGGAUAUGCAAUCACUGAUCUGGAAGAAGGCUACACCAAAUGCUGUCAGCAGUCUGAUAGGUUGACCUGCGCGGAAAGUGUGGUAAGUAGCACGUACAAAAAACACUCACUAAUACAGGAUGAAAAUGGUAAAAGGUUUAAGGUGGAUUGUGUAGAUGGCAUUUCAUUGGUCAUAACUCUCCCAGUGUCUUGGCAAUGGAAACUUCACUAAUUAAUACUCCGAUAAUAUGCUAUGAUAUACGUUAUGUAUAUGUAUAAAUUAUAUAUAUAUACUCACACAGCAGGAUAUCGGGGCAGUACCACCAAUACACUUUUAAGAGUGUAGUUGAGUGACAGGAGUGUAGUUGAGUGACAGGUCUAUCCUGGGUCCAUUUAAUGCUCUUAGCCCAGUUGGGGAGAGAUAGUGAGAAGCCACUUUCCUGUACACAAAAGAUUCACAAACAGAUGGGUGGCUUAAACGUCUAUUCUUUUUUUAUAAGCUCAUUAAAAGCUAAGUUUUAUUUGAUUUAACAGUCUUGAGAAUGUUAUCUGGAUUCCUUUUUACAUUUUGCUUGACAAGCACCGGGCAAGUAUAUUCUAAUUAUAUGGAGUGCUGGAUUAUUUUUCUUGAUAUAUAUAUAUAUAGAUCAGUGUGCGUAUCAAUGCCUAGCAAUGUGUAUAACAAUGGGUAUCUGUGUGUUUCUAGCAGUGCAGUGUGUAGUCGUGUACCUAUGUGUGUGAAUGCGUACAUGUAGUUGAGAACGUGAUCAGUGUGUGUAUGUCCGGGAGUGUGUAACUGCCGUAUCAGGAGGCUCUGCAAUUUCUCAUGGCAGCCAUGGUGAUACAAUAUAUUAUAUAAACACUCUCGUAAUAUCUUGGACGCAGACCAUUUUAUACUCUUACUUUUUAAACCUUCCAUUGUCUUUCUUGUAUCUGCAACUUAGCCAGAGCUUCAUAAAAGCUAAAUGGACAUGAUGCUGGCUGCAUGGAGUGUUUCAUAUUCUGCGUUAUCUGGGCCGAGAAUAAUCAACUGGUUGUACUCAAACUCCUCCUUUGAACAGACCUUUUGAAGUUGUGUAUAGUUAUCUAGAGAGUAAAAGAUGCCACAUGUAGUGGGUCAGGAUUUACCUCUAAGCACUACAUCUCUAAUGAUUUAUGUUUCCCCUGUCUAGUGGAAGAGUACCCUGGAAGCAUUUUGUCAGGAAGAGUUCAGCGUAAAGACCAGACAUUUUCAUUGCUGUAAGAAACGUGGCUCAGAAAGAGAAAUAUGCUUCAGUUCCGAUGCUCCUAACCCAAAGUACAUCUUUCAGUCCAUGCAAGUUCUGGUUCCAGAAAUCGGAAGCGCUGACCUGCCUGCAGUGGGAAGUCCUAGAAGCUUAAAACCGUGCCCUCCUAACUCUCCAAAAUGCCAGAAGCGCGGCAGUGAUGGUCUGCCUGACCUGUCCUUCCCACCAGGAGAACCCAAAUCAAGCACCAUCCAGAAUAUCUGCAAUCUGAGGAAGUUCCGACCCAUUUACACCAAGAACCAGCUGCCACAAAGUUCGUUUGGCUCUUACAAACGCCAGGCACAAUCCAUCAAUCACCUGGAACGUGAAUUCAAGAAAUGCUGCAAGGAUGAAAAUGUGACCUGUGCGCACACUGCGGUGAGUGUUUAACUGUUACUGGGUAACAUUCUGCCUCUAAUGUGAGAAACUAGAUACUGUCACUUCACAGAUCACAACAUUCCACUACUUCACCGGAAUUGCUAUACGAUAAGUCGUAACGUUAGCAUUUCAUAGUCUUUCCUGGGCGUCAAUAACACUACAUUCCACAACUCCCAGAGUACACCCGCACGCUACGAAUUGUAGCAAUAGGGAAUAAUUUGGGGUGGGAUAACUGCAUGCACAAGAGGAAUAAGCGAUAUUCAAGUAUUUUUACUUAAUGUUUGUUGGUGACCUAUCAAUGCAUAAACUAGAGGCAUGACCACCUGACAAGUGGCUUGCUAUUUGUGUGACCCGUGGAGAACUGGCUCGAUUUAAAGUAGCAGUCGGCAGCAUUCACCACUCAUCCAUAAUGCUGGCAAAGCAUCAGGGAAGAUGGAGUCCACAAUGUCUCGAAUGCCGAAGUUUGCUUACCCCUUCAAUACAUUUUCUGUUUUACUUCCUGUAUAUAGAUAGCAGUGAUGCUGAGCAGAUAGUGAUGGGAAAUGCAAAGCCAAAACGGGAUAUAUCAGUUUAAAUCUAUAGAUCUGUAAUAUCUCUCUCUGUUUAGAAUGUCCGGCCCAUUUAUUUGUAGCCUUUACACAUGGUGAUAGAGCUGUCUGAAUUCCCUGCACGGUACUAACCCUGAGUCUGGGUCUUGGAUUUUAUAACCCACAGUGGCAGAAAGUUCUGCAGAAGUUCUGCUCAGAGGAGCGGACUGUUAAAACCAGACAAAACGAAUGCUGCAUGAAGCAGGACCGAGCCGCUAUGUACACCUGCUUUGCAAGCCAAGCCCCUUACCCCAAGUACGACCGGGAAGUGGAGAGCGUGGAUCUCGGUAAUGUGACUGUAGACAGCCUGCAAAAACUCUGCGGAGGCCACAAACUCCUUACUAAACAGUAAGUACAACCCCUUUAAUCUUGCUUUUUCCUUAAUUUCUCCAGUAAUACUGAGCAUGUAUAGGACUACUUAUGAAGCCCUGGGUUAAUUUGAAAAGCUAAUUGUGGCAAGUUAUCCUUCUGAGUGGCCCGUGGCUGGUUAAAGGAACAAUCCAAACACUAUCAUCACUACAAUGACGACGAUUCAUUAUAAGGAGUCAGUUUUUGAACAGUUUGACUUCUUACCUGUGGUCUGCCAAGUGACGUUCCACGCCUCCAUCACCAAUGCCAGAGAGCCAGAAUUUUCUAAGCAGGACCUGCAGUGCAGGGCUAAGUUCAUUGGCUGAUAAUGACAGUGUCAGACAACACGUUAAUUCCCGCACUGUAGGGCAUAACUCAGGAGAGCUCUCCAUUAUUGGUAGUGGAGGAGAGGAUCAGUAACUGGCAGACUCCAGGCAGUGGUUAUUGUUAUUAUUACUAUUGGCAUUUAUAUAGCAACAACAGAUUCCGUAUUUCUUGGCGUGUUCAAUUAUUUAAAGUGGUUGUGGUGUUUGGAGUCUGCAUGUGCUGUGUUCCAGUUUGAAACUUUGUAGAUACAGAGAUGAAGCACAUUGUGCCAAUAGCGGGUUAUACACCAGAUCGGAAUGAGGAGGGGUGUCUAGGAGUGCAUAAGCAAAGUGUUUUAACCCUUAAAUGGUAAGACUGCAGGGGCCUGGCCUAUAUACCAAAACCACUUCAUUAAGUUAUCUGUGAAAACAGAUACUGUCAUUCGACUGUUCUAUGUUGUGGUUGGGUUUUUUUUUGUUUGUUUUUUAAAUCUUACCGGGAGGAAAAUCCGUUCUUACUUGUUCUUCUCUCAUUCAGAAAGAAGAUUCUGCAGCUAGCGCUGAGCCUGAAACAGACCUGCUGUAAUUUGCCCCACGAUGCCUUGCUGCAGUGCGCCAGUGAGCAGGUGAGUGAGUGGUCUGAUAACACCCCAGGCUUUCCCCCCCCUUCUGUGAGCACAAUUUAAACGCAUGAACAACAUAUGCCUUUGUAUCCUCAGUGCGUCCAGAUAGGGCUCACUAGAUGAUUACCGCCUAUGCCUUCCAUAAUGUAAUUAUUUUAUAAAAUUCAUGCUGCAUGUACGGUUUCACUUGAUGCUGUAUCGCCCUUCUGGGACAUAUCACUGCGCUAUUGUUCUCAUGUCGACAUAUACUGCGUAUCACACAUACAGUGUGACAAUAAUAAAGAAUUUAAAAAAUGUUUUAAAUAUUAUUUUGCCAUUAAAUGAAAACAGUCAUUUCUCUUACUAUACACCACUAAACAAAACACUCAACAUUUCCUACGACUUUUGUUAUACAUUAUAUUAUACAUUUAUAUUAAAAGAUUCAGCAAGUGACAUAAUCCAGUUAAGACAAGGCGCACAUUGAAUAUGAAAACUUUAUUUCAUUUCUCCUUUUCUCUGUAUGCUCUCUAUACUGACUGCCAGGUGUAAAGGGCGGAGCUUAUAACAAUGAUUGACAGGGCGCUAAGAUGGAGGCGGCUCUCUCUAUACUGACUGCCAGGUGUAAAGGGCAGAGCUUAUAACAAUGAUUGACAGGGAGCUAAGAUGGAGGUGGCUCUCUCUAUACUGACUGCCAGGUGUAAAGGGCGGCGCUUAUAACAAUGAUUGACAGGGAGCUAAGAUGGAGGUGGCUCUCUCUAUACUGACUGCCAGGUGUAAAGGUCGGGGCUUAUAACAAUGAUUGACAGGGAGCUAAGAUGGAGACGCCCAUUUGCUGAUCAAGAGGUGUGGAUUUCUAUAUUUAUAUAGCAUUUCCAGGGGUGAAUAAACAUUAAAGGACCACUAUAGGCACCCAGACCACUUCAGCUUAAUGAAGUGGUCUGGGUGCCAGGUUUAACCCUUUUUUCUUUUUUUUAUAUAAACAUAGCAGUUUCAGAGAAACUGCUAUGUUUAUGAUAGGGUUAAUCCAGCCUCUAGUGGCUGUCUCAUUGACAGCCGAUAGAGACGUUUGCGUGCUUCUCACUGUGAUUUUCAGUGAGAAGACGCCAGCGUCCAUAGGAAAGCAUUGUGAAUGUUUUCCUAUGGACUGGGUGAAUGCGCGUGCGGCUCUUGCCGCACAUCCUCAUUCAGCUGGAGAGGAGGAGGAGGAGAGCUCCCCGCCCGGUGCUGGAGAAAGUUUAACCCCUUCCUCCCCCUAGAGCCCGGCGGGAGGGGGACCCUGAGGGUGGGGGCACCCUCAGGGCACUGUAGUGCCAGGAAAACGAGUGUUUUCCUGGCACUAUAGUGGUCCUUUAACGGUCAGUUCUCUGGAAGUGUUCUCUAGAGAAUGACUAGUAAGGUUAAAAGGCACAAUGGGUCCAGCUCAGUGGCGGAUCCAGAGUCUGAUCUCGGAAGGGGCACUUGUAGAUUAUUUAAAGAAAUAAUCCAUGCACAAUAACCACUACAGCUCUGUAUAGUGGUUAUGGUGCCAGGAAUGCCGGGACCCCCUCCCAGAGUAAGUAGUCAAACCGUUUAAGAACAGUUUGACAAUUUACCUGGGGUCUGCUGUGAUAUUGGCCUGUACCAGGGCAUAGGAGCAGUGGUGUGGGGGGGGGUGUAGUGUGUGAAUGUGUAGGGUGUAUGGGGGGCUAAGUUUGUGUGUGUAUGGGGGGGCAGUGUGUGAAUUUGUAUGGUGUGUGUGUGUGGGGGGCAGUGUAAGUGUGUGUGUGGGGGGCAGUGUGUGUAUGAGGGGCUGCGUAUGUGUGGUUAGGAGAACUCUUAAAGGGAUACUAUAAGUGCCAGGAAUACAAAGCUGUAUUCCUGGCACUAUCGCGCCCCCCCUCACCAGUGAAUAAAGGGUUUAAAACCCUUUAUUUACUUACCUGCCGCUCCACCACCCCAGAUGUCCCGUGAGGCGCAGGCGUUAAUGCGUAUGUGCGGAAAAUGCUGCGUUUGCAUUAUACCUUCCCAUAGGAAAGCAUUGAAUUAAUGCUUUUCUAUGGGGAAAAAUCUGAUGCUGGAGGUUCUCAUGCAGAGUGUGAGGACGUCCAGUAUCAGAUACCAGUCCAAAGGUCUGUUUCAAUGCAGGGAGCCCUCUAGUGGCUUCAAUGAGCUGUAGUGGUCUGGGUGCCUAUAUUGUCCAUUUAACUGUGCUGAGCUAAGACAUAGAUUGCCCAUAUUCCUGUAGGAUAAUUGGUUUAUAAGAGUAAAAUAUAAUUUUUUUAUUUUUUUUCUUGUAGAAAGAGAAGUUUAUAGAGACUAUCUGCAGCUCCAGGAAAGCCGUGUGGAAUGACGCUCAGAAAUGUUGCAAGAAAAGCAAUGAAGAAAAGGCAGAGUGUUUCAAUUCCCACCUGCAGAAUGUGUCGUUGGUCAUAUCUCAGCAGAAGAAACCGGAGAAAUGAGACUUACGGAGAUCAUUACAGGAACCCUCCUCCUGAAUCAACAUAUACCUAGAGGUUUGGGACACGGAGGGCAAAGUGUGCACCAUGACUUUAUUUAGUUCACUCUCACACGUUCUGCGGUUCAGAGACCAGACUCCAAUUAAACCGUUUGCAUGAAGUAGUUUAUUGACUCGUGCAAGAAAUGCAUCAUUCUUAAUGACAAUCCUGAAGAUCCAAUGGGCACUGCUUACCAGUAGAGAUAUCACUGUAUGGAUGCAUUGACCAGGCACAGGAAGGGUAGAAUGUGCCAGCAUAUCACAUUCAUGAAGAAUUCAAACACAGAUAAUGUCUCUGAAAUACCCGUGGGGGGGGGGGGGUUGAUGACAAUUCAAUAAAACGGAUUUCAGAAUUGACCGAAGAAAUUGACAAUAUCUCCAAGUCUGCUGUACUGUCAGCUCAGCCAUUACAUCCCAAAAUUCACCGUUCCCUGGUCAAUUCCCACUUUAGAGAAUAGACACCAAUAGGUUUUACAUGAUCUUCUGCCAUCUAGUGGUUGAGUGUUGAAUAUGCUUUUUUAUUACAGGGCAAAGGACAAGAGAUCCCAUUUAUUUUGAUGAGUUAAUAUAUUUAUAAUAAGGUAGUCGCUUUCACCCAAUCCACAUUAUUUCCCAUUCAUAGUACAAGCUUUUUGUAGCUGGACUUUCUUGGUUAAUGCUCUUGUCUGAUCUCCACAGAACUUAAACGUUUUUUCCUGCCAUUAUAACCAUAGCUUGCUGUAGUGGUUAUGGUGGUGGUAGUACCCUGGAGUCUUUUACUGCAAUGGGGCAAACCAUUAUACAGGGGUUUACACUCUUACCUGAGACCCCGUCAGGUUCUAGCAGCCGUACAACAUCCUGCUUUCACAGAGCUGCAGACGGUCUGUUUUGUUGGCCAUUCAUUGGCUGAGAACAUCAGUUGAUCGCUCUCCACCAAUAGUUGACAUUCUGUGCAUAGAAAUAUGCACAGAACUGACAUUAGCAAGCCCAGAUCACUGCAGUGGUCAUGGUGCUUGGAGCAGCCAUUUAAACUGGUAUGAUUUACGCUGUUGAAAUGAAUUAAGGCCUGUCCUUCGGUGUAGUUACUGAACCAUUAAAAUAUUUUAUCUUUUGAGGAAAUCCAGGCAUCAAAUAACCAUAAAAAUAUUUUUUGUAACUAUAAAAAUUUACACUUUUUGGUAUUUUUGUACAUACAUGAAAUUCUGACAAAGUGAGAGAUGUUUGAAAACCAAUAAAAUUCUAUAUACAGCCUAAGAAUAAUUUGUUGUGUUAUUCGUUGCAAUGCACAGGGCGUGGACUGACCUCACUGCUUCUAAAGGUGGGAUGCUCUCGAGUAACUUGUAAACAUUAGUAAUCUAUGUCUUCCUUCUCACCUCCCCAUUGUACAGCACUCCAGAAUAUGGCGUAGCUAUAUAGUGGAUCAUAGCUCAGGUAGGGUUCUUGGGGGAAGGUGAGAGUCGUCCUUUCUAUGUUGGUUAGUGUAAAAGGAAUUGCUGUAUUCGUGCAUCAAUCAACGGAGACUCAACGUGGCUUCCAGCGCAUCCAGUGAGUUACGUGGUUUGUUUCUGUCUGCACAGCUCUGUAGAUAAUGGACUCACCCUGAUUACAAGACAAUACACAGUCAGAGACAUUGAAUGGAACAGAGGAGCUUCCAAAUCAAACUAAAGGUGUAAACUGUGCAGAAUGUAACCAGGUGAGAGAUGCAGAUCAUAAUCCAUUCUCCUCACUGGGGUUACCGACAGCCACAGUGUGAAAAAAAAACACAUAACACUUGUAAGAUCUAUUCAUUGCUGUAUAUAAUUGUAUUAUAACUUGUUGGUUUCAGCUUUUCAAAGAAAACAGGGAAGGAGCCAAUUGGGAUUUUUAAAUUGCAUCAACAGUUGAAGAGUUUAUAUCUGCAGUUAUAAUAUACCAUAACCUUAUAGCUGUAGUUAUAAUACACUGUGUGCGGGGAGACCGGGGACCUCCUUACACCAUAACCUUAUAGCUGCAGUUAUAAUACACUGUGUGCGGGGAGACAGGGGACCUCCUUACACCAUAACCUUAUAGCUGCAGUUAUAAUACACUGUGUGCGGGGAGACAGGGGACCUCCUUACACCAUAACCUUAUAGCUGCAGUUAUAAUACACUGUGUGCAGGGAGACAGGGGACCUCCUUACACCAUAACCUUAUAGCUGCAGUUAUAAUACACUGUGCAGCACUGACCUUGGAAGCACCUGUAGUGGCUGUCUGAGUGACUGCCACUAGAGGCAGUGUUUACAUUGAAAUGCCUUCAGGGACAUACUAUACUCACCAGAAGAACUACAUUAAGCUAUAGUUGUUCUGGUGACUAUAGUGUCCCUUUAAGGGAACAAUAUCAAGAACACGGACAUGUUUUCCUGACACUAUAGUGGUGAUGUGGCUGUUUAGGUGACCGGCCCUGCUCUGAUCACGCAGAAACUGAUUUUACUCACCUUUCUCCCACGUCACUGCUGGCCCCGCCUGGCUGUGAUAAUCAAUCCUGAUGAUCUGAAUCAAGGAGAAAGCAUGGGGAGGCUAUUGCGCAUAUGAGGCAACACACCUAUCUCCUCAUAGAGAUACAAUUAAUCAGUGCAUCUCUAUGGGGAAUGUUGAGGGUCUCCAUACAGAGAGUGGAGGUUCUAAAUGUAGGUGCUGCACACCGUGCCGCACUGAGAUAGGAAGUACCUUUACUGGGAGUUUGAGUGACUUCCAAUAGAGGUGUUACUACUACAUUGAGCUAUAGUGGUUCUGGUGACUUACUAUAGUGUCCUUUAAAUGUAAAAUUCACGUUGAAUUCUCCGGUUGAUAAAUAACUUCGUUUGACUCCUUCACUCACAAAACAAUCAACCAGCACCCAGACACUGUCCCACCUACAUCCUAUACACUCUCUUUCUCUCCUGUUUAUUUUUUUACCCCUUCCACAGAGAUUGUAAUGUGUUUAAGGAAGGCCGUCUCCACCUCUUGUCUUAUAUAUAUUGGUGUUCUAUAAAUUCUAAUAAUAAGUGGCGCAAUCUAUCUGUAUCACAUUGGGUGGGUCUCACAAUCAUUGUCUCAUCAGCACAGGUGGUAAAAUCACAAAUAAACACAUUGUGAUUACAGCACAGGGGGUGUGACUGCAGCCUGGUGAGUGGAAUCAGCUGUUUAAAUCCUGGGACAGACUGCUAGGACACUUACUGGGGCAUCACUGCUCUCCUGAUCUCACUGAGCCUCCAUCAUGGACCUCUUCCAGGUGUGGAUCCUGACUCUCCAGCUCUCAGCCUUGCUGCUUCCAGGGCAUGCAGGUAAGCCUUGUUAUUCACAUCCGGCCAGGGGGUGCUAUAUAGACCAUAUUACAUGCAGCCAUUGGGGGGCAGACUAUUAAUGGGAGCAUGACACUGGCAGGGUGACUUAUGGGCUUCACUUCCUAUGAAAGCAGGUUUACUCAAUAUUGGAGAGCGUGGAGGGAGGGGGUGUAAGAAAUAGAUUGCAGUUUAAUUAUUGGUGACCCCCAAAUAUGUCAUGAUAUAAUGGGGUUUAUCCUGGCCCUGAUCAUGAUGGGGUUCAUUGUUGAUCGUGUUUGUUAUUCACUCCAGAACCUGCUGGUUAACCAGCAGAUAAAAGGAUAUUUCACACAACUACAUUUUAUAUAAAUCUUUGUUAAUAUUCUCAUCUUAUUCUAAAACAUUAGGUAGGUAAUGCAGAGUAUAGACUGGGUCUGAUGGGCUGCAGUUUGUAAUAUAAUCUCCUUUUUGAUCAUAUAAAAAAAAAAAAAAAGCUGUUUAUUCACUGCCCAUUGUUUUACAUGCGGAGAAACCUGUAGAGUUACUGACAUUGUAACACUUUCCACACCACGUUUCCACCCACUGUGUGUGCACCCCCCGAUCUGAUCUGAUCAAUUCUAUGUAGAUCAUCAUUUACCUUGAAACCUCCUGCAAUUGUUUAAAGUAUUGUAACCACUUAAUCCUGGUAUUGUUAGUCUAACAGGGAAUGUCCAUUCUGUGUUUAAACUAAGGUCCCAUUGUGGGUGGAAGCAGAUGGUUAGUUGGGAAUCAGAAAUUCCUGACAAAUUUCACUUUUCCUAUUAGUCUGUUAUCACAGUCCUAUACUAGUAAGAAUCUCUCAAUUAAAACAGUAACUCUGUGGGAUAAAAAAUAUUUUAAUAUGUGCAAGUGGGUUUACUCUGGACCAUUUUGUUAAAAAAUUAGAUUUUUAUUUUUAAAGCUAGAUAAAAAUGUUUAAAAAUGCUAUUUAUACUUUGCUUAUCAGAGACCAACCAUGAUUUCUACUGAAAAGCAUGUCAUUCCCAGUCCAAUCUGCUGAGUUGAUAAAACCAGCCAUCUUGUGUUUCUCUGUGCAGUAAAGGAUGCUGGUAGAUAGGUGGGGUUUUUUGUGUGUGUGUUUUAUUCAAAAUUAUCCACUUGGCUUUGGGGAAAGGUUACUUUUCCAGUGGCAGCGGAGGAAUUAAAGUGCUUGUUUUGUCAGAUGUUUGGAUAGUUUUGUGUAGGCAAAACAGAAUAUUCAAGGUUAUACUAUUUAAAGAAAAAAUUUGGUACCAUAACCACUUCAUCAGAAUGAAGUUGUUAUGGUGCGAGAGUCCCCAGGCAAUGGCUUACCCAAAGGGGGUUAAACCAUUGACAAAUAUCUCUAGGCAGGGCUUGGGUUUGACUUAUUCUUUCCCCCCCCCACAUUUUACUAUUUAUUUAUUUUAAGUAGUAAAUCACUGAAACUGUGGGUAAAGGGAGGGCGGUGAACAUUGGUCUGUCCACACUAUUCUUUAAUAUUGAAAAUGGCAGACUGGCCACCAAGGCCACAGGAUGGACCCUGUGAGGUGACUCGUCGUGGGGAAACCAACCCUGAAAACGUAAUUGAAAGGUUUGCGGCAGUCAUCACAAAGUAUUAACCAAAUAAACAGAAUGUUGGAUAUUACAAUAUAACCCAAGGCUUGCUGCCACCUUCACUUCCUGUGCUGUUUCUGUGUUUACACAGCAAGCUCGGUGCUUAAUAUCGUUUACAUCUUAAAUAUAAAGAGAGAACAUAAUCUGUCUUAAUUAACUGGGAUCCUAAAUAAAUUAACCCCGUAAGGACACAUGACAUGUGUGACUUGUCACGAUUCCCUUUUAUUCCAGAAGUUUGGUCCUUAAGGGGUUAAAACACUUAAAAUCUAACGUUUACUAGGUAUGGUUUAAAAAAGUAAAGUAACCUUAGACCUCAUGGAUACAGGGGAUAGGGAAAAUAUAAACAAGGGCUAACGAGAUAUAUAUAUAUAUAUACACCCCCCCCACACACACCUCUCUUCCACUGAGCUAGUUAAAGAAAAAGAUACUUAGUCGUGAAGUAAUGACUCCAAAAAAGUAACAAUCUGAAAGUAUCUAAUGUGAUAUAGGAAAGGUUUAGAUCACAGAGGGGGAGAUCACCUAAAUGUCUAGUUAAGUAAAACUGAACUUGUAGUGAAUGCCUAUCUCAAACUUCUAAUGGCAAAUUAAAUAAAGAAAAGUGGUGCAUAUAGUAUAGGAUCUGUAGUAUACGCUUAUUGUGUUAAGGUUUAGCAAGAGUUUAGAUCUUAUUUUCAAGUAACUGUGCCAGCGACUGAUGACGUGACAAUUCUCGUGAAUUCCAAGCUUAAUGCCGAAAUAGCCAAUCAGGAGUCAAGAUCUAAGUCCACUCUGCUUCCAGUUAGCUGCUUUUGGCCUUUAACAUGAAAUUCACGCUAAUUCCCACUUUAGUAAAUAACCCCAUUAGACGUUGUGGUUUUACUAUAUUUAGUUACAAAGCGACGUUUGACGUUUUUUCAGAUCUGUGAAAUGUUUGUUCCCUACUCAUCUUGACUAAAUCAACAGGAUGGAAAUGGCUAGAUUUUAGCAAGUUCAGGUUUCUAAUAGGGAGCAGAUAUCUGGCGCGGUUAUUCACACUCUCUGACUUUUUUUCAAGUUGGUGUGACGCCAGACUGGACACACAGAUUUGACUCUGUCCUUAAAUGUAUUUUUUUUUUUUUUUUUUAUUCAUGAAUAGGAAUAUUUCUAUAAGGCACUAAUGCCUCCACAAUAUGUGGUUGACCCCAUGUAAAGUGAAUUGACCAGGUGUCGGGCACUCUCUGUUGGAGCGGUGCCUGACAUAACAGAUCAGGAUGCCGGGCUGCUGGCCUUGCUGCACGCAUGGUCUGGGGACUCUAUGUAAAUCCUACUAAGGCAGACAUCCAAUGGUUAAACCUGUGCCCGUCUUGGUAAGAUCUGCAUGAGAGGGAGUUGGGGAGCCAGUAAUUUCGGCAGCAGGUACCUGAUAUUAACGCAUUGCCUGCCGCCAUUAUAGUGGGCCCGGAACUGAGCUGUAGGCUCAGGUUGCUAUCGCUCAGAGGAAUGGGAGUCCGCCACGUACCUCACAAAGUGAUCAUCAACGCUGCAGCAGAGAAAAUGGUGCUCUGCCAACAGCCUCUGAGAGCCCUAAUGGCGAGCCAUUGGGCAGGCCUGUCUUUACAGACGGCUUCUUUGCUACCAGAAAAACAGGCAUUGGCAACCGGGGGAGCUGUCAGACAGCCAAUGACGGUGAAGCACACCACUGAUUAAGGAGGACCUUAAUCAGAUUCAUGAACAAAUGCCCGAGAAUCUUUUUUUAAUAAUAAAACGAUUUCUUAAUAAAAGGGGGGUGGUGGGGAACUGCAGUACUAAUAAUUAAAGGUGUAAGUUUACACACAACAAAUAGAAAAGUGGAAUUUUUUUUUUUUUAAAUUAGUUUAAUAAAAAAAAAAAAAAAAGAUUCUUCUACUAUUGCCACAAAAGCUGGGACCUGCCCUGUGGAUAUGCCUCCACUACCUUUUAUUGCUAGAAGACCAGGAAGAUUAUUAUUAUUAUUAUUAUUAUUAUUAUAAUACCAGGAAAGAUACAUUGAGAUUUCUCUCGUUUAAGUAUGUCCUGGGUCCACAAAACAUUGCAUUGUUACAUUAUGCUACAACAAAAUACAAAAACAAUAUUAAUACACAAUAAAUACAAAAUGUAACGUAGAAUAGGUAGUAAAUGUAUAUUAAACCAUGACAGGUGCAUUCUGUUUUCAGGUAUGUAGAGAGGGAUCUCUUUAAAAUCUUCCCUAAGCCUAAAGUCCUGUAAGUGUGCGAGAGGUCGUUCCAUAAUUGUGGUGCUCUGUAGGAGGAGGAGGAUCAGGCUGCUUUCUUUUUGUAUUAAACUGUAGACAGAGUAUUUGUUAGCUGUUAAUUGUGAGGGCUUGUUUUAUGUAGUAGCAGUAAGCAUUUGAUAGCACAUGUUUAUAGUAGGGCUGAGGAUAAAAGGUCCUAUUGAAAUCUCGCCCAAUGGACCAAAUAUUUGUAAUAAAUAAGAGAACUGUACCAUUACAUGUGUCCUGCAGUACUCCAAGGCUGCUAGUAGGGGGAUUUAUUUUUAUUACAGGGAGUUCUCCAUUCUUGUUUUAAAAGGAACACUCCAGGCACCCAGACCACUUCUGCCCAUUGGAGUGGUCUGGGUGCCAAUUCCCACUACUCCUAACCCUGCAACUGUAAUUAUUGCAGUGUUUUUUUUUUAUUUUUAUAAACUGCAAUAAUUACAUUGCAGGGUUAACUCCACCUCUAGUGGCUGUCUACUAGACAGCCACUAGAGGGCACUUUCUGGAUCAUAGCACAGGAAACCUGUGUGAGGACCUCCAGCGUCGCUCAUUUCCCCAUAGGAAAGCAUUGAAAUGCAUUUUCAGUGCUUUCCUAUGGGAAGCACUAAUGCGCAUGCACAUUAGGUCUCCCCAGUAGGCGGGAUCAGUCUCGCCCACCGGCCGACGCAAUCACUAGGAGGAGCGGCGGAGGGAGAAGCAGCGACGUGGAACAUCGUAAGUUACUGGUAAGUUACUGAAGGGGUUUUCACCCCUUCAGCAACCAUGGAUUAGGGAGUGGGAGGGAGAGGGGACCUGCAGUGCCAGGAAAAUGGAUUGUUUUCCUGGCACUGGAGUUUCCUUUAAGGAUAAACUAUUUUAUUAUGUUAUUGUUUAACAGUUCCUGAACCUGUCCAGACUCCACGAGGUAGACCAGUUCCUCAAUGUGGUGACCGACCUUGCUCUGUUGAACCUUCAUCAAGCAACCUGGCUGAUUUCCCUCCUGGACGGCCAAAUCGUAGUAAUAUUGGGAAUAUCUGCGAUGCAAGCCGCCAAAAACCUGUGUAUGGGAGCCACAACCUUCCUCAGACUGGAUUUGCCCAUCUCAGCCGGCAAGGAGCUGCAAUCAAUGACCUGGAAGAAGGCUACGCCAAAUGCUGUCAGCAGUCCAAUAGACUGACCUGUGCGGAAGGUGUAGUAAGUAGUGUGUGUGUGUGUGUGUGUGUGUGUGUUCUUGAGUCUGCAACUUACCAGAGUUUCAGGAAAGAGAGUAAGUGGUUGUACGGACAGGGCUAUUCAUUACAGUGCCUUCUUUCAGCUAAUUUAAAAUUCUCAAAGUAACUAAACUAUAUUCUGUUAUAGUGUGUGUGUGUGGUUGUUUUUUUUUUGUUUUUUUGUCUUAUCUGGGACAAGAAUAAGCUACUGGUUGUACUCUAACAAACUUUUUGGAGUUGUGUAUAGUUAUCUAGAGUAAAAGAUGCCACAUGUAGUGGGUCAGGAUUUACCUCUAAGCACUACAUCUCUGAUUUACGUUUCCCCUGUCUAGUGGAAGAGUACCCUGGAAGCAUUUUGUCAGGAAGAGUUCAGCGUAAAGACCAAACCUUAUCAUUGCUGUAAGAAACGUGGCUCCGAAAGAGAAAUAUGCUUCAGUUCCGAUGCUCCUAACCCAAAGUACAUCUUUCAGUCCAUGCAAGUUCUGGUUCCAGGAAUCGGAAGCGCCGACCUGCCUGCAGUAGGAAGUCCAAGAAGCUUAAAACCGUGCUUUCCUAACUCUCCAAAACGCCAGAAACGUGGCAGUGAUGGUCUGCCUGACCUGUCCUUCCCACCAGGAGAACCCAAAUCAAGCACCAUACAGAAUAUCUGCAAUCUGAGGAAGUUCCGACCCAUUUACACCAAGAACCAGCUGCCACAAAGUUCGUUUGGCUCUUACAAACGCCAGGCACAAUCCAUCAGUCACCUGGAACGUGAAUUCAAGAAAUGCUGCAAGGAUGAAAAUGUGACCUGUGCGCACACUGCGGUGAGUGUUUAACUGUUACUGGGUAACAUUCUGCCUCUAAUAUGAGAAACUAGAUACUGUCACUUCGCAGAAUAUAACAUUCCACUACUUCACCAGAAUUGCUGUACGAUAAGUCGGAACGUUAGCAUUUCAUAGUCAUUCCUGGGCGUCAAUAACGCUACAUUCUACUACUCCCAGAGUAAACCUGCACUCUAAGAAUUGUGGGAAUAAUUUGGGGGUGGGACAACUGCACAGAUAGAAGGAAUAAGAGAUAUUAGACAACUACCAAGUAAUAAAAAAAAAAUAAACUGGUGACCUGCCAAGCCCAAUGGAUAAACUAGAGGCAUGCCUAAGUGAUCCGUGGAGAACUGGAUCACUUCAAAGCAGGGCUGGGCAACCUUUUGGUAAUCCAGAUGUUGUGGCCUACAUCUCCCAUAAUGCUGGCAAAGCAUCAGGGAAGAUGGAGUCCACAACGUCUCGAGUGUCAAAGGUUGCCUAUCCCUUCUAUAUGUUCUGUUUUACUUCCUGUAUAUAGAUAGCAGUGAUGCUGAGCAGAUAGUGGUGGGAAAUAGAAAGCCAAAACGGGUAUCAGUUUAAAUUUUAUAGAUCUGUUUAGAAUCUCCAGCCCCUUUAUUUCUAGCCUUUACACAUGGUGAUAGAGCUGUCUGAAUUCCCUACACGGUACUAACCCUAAGUCUGGGUCUUUGAUUUUAUAACCCACAGUGGCAGAAAGUUCUGCAGAAGUUCUGCUCAGAGGAACGGACUGUUAAAACCAGACAAAACGAAUGCUGCAUGAAGCAGGACCGAGCCGCUAUGCACACCUGCUUCGCAAGCCAAGCCCCUUACCCAGAGUACAACCGGGAAGUGGAGAGCGUGGAUAUUGGCAACGUGACUGUAGACAGCCUGCAAAAGCUCUGCGGAGGCCACAAACUCCUUACUAAACAGUAAGUACCACCCCUGCUUGGAGGCUGGCAACUGACUGCAUGACAUGUUCACAGGUGGAUCCUGGGAUCCGUUAGUUCAUUUCACCUUCGCUAGUUCCUUUAUUACUCCAGUAAUACAGAGAAUGUUUGACCCUAUUUAUGAAGCCUGGUGUUGGCUGGAAAAGCUAACCGUGACCCAUGGUAAUGUAGACUUGUGAGUGACGCGUGGCUGACUAACCCUUUCGCGGUCAUCAAGGGCUCUGAUCAAUCCUUCUGCCUUGCACAAAGGCACUUUCGUUUGUCUGCUGUCUCACACUACACAUGAGCCCUAUUGCAAAAUCUGUAGCUUUAUCAGGAUUCGGUCAUGUUUGUAUUCAGAUUGCAUUUUGUGACUCUGUAACAAAUCUGCAAUUUUCGAGUAUACAAAUUCACAAGAUAUUUUUGCCAUUUUUAAAAUGUUAUAUUACAUUAACUGGGUAUUAUAACAGUUAUAUGGCUCAUCAUACAUAGAGACUUUCCUUUUUAAAAAAUCCUUAUUGUGUAUUUUACUCUGAUUUGGUUAGUUAAUGACUAGUAAGAACGAGGUUACUAGAAUCACAUAUUGAAAAGUAAGGACGUGUACGGUUUAAUUUGUUGCUGUAUUUCAUUCUAUGCAGGGAGAGAAGCUGUGUCCAGAACGUUAUAGGUUAUGGUUUCUACGCAAACACCCCCUAUACCCCUGUGCCACUGGUGUUGCUAAUAGACAUAGGCAGCACGGGCAAGCUAUCACUUUCUCCUGUUUCUGUACCGCUUAGUUUACGCUUACAGUUAUUUUAACUUUAUCAAUUAAGUUAUAUUUUAGCUCUCUUCUGAGAUGAUUAAUUAGGGUUGCUGACAAUAUACAAGAUCCUUAAAGUGAAUGCUGUUAGACAUUUUUUCAUUUGCUUUUUGGAAUUUUUGUAUGUUUUUACUUUCUCAUUAGUAUAUUGUAUUAACAAUUGACACAUUAUUGCUGCUGUCGGUAUAUUUGGCAGCAUCACACUGUGCCGGCUGUGACAUUAAUAUUAACCUAUUCUGCACUUCAAGAACUGUACCAUACAGAGACUGCGUAUUGGACAUUAACACAUUGGACUCUUUUCUGUUUUAAUGGUCUAUCACAUAUGUGAUUAUACAUUAUUUUUGAGACCAUACUGCAUAUUUUUGUAAAUACAUUUUCCUCCCUUUUCACUACUUAGUCCACCAUCCCCCCCCCUUCUUUUAUAAAGAAGACUUUUGUACAACAAGGGUGCCACCUAGUGUCCAUCUAUAUUAAUUUCUAUCUUAAUAGCAUUUUAAUAUUCCGUAAAACUUGCAAUUUUAAGCUAACCCUUUUUUAGGUAUUAACUUUAUUUAAUCCAUUCUAUUCUUGUUUUAGAAGUUGUUUUUACUGUUCAUCAGUUUUAGUAUUCAUUUUUACUAAUUUUGUAUUUUAAGAGUGUCAGAGGUAUCUGUGAGUUGUUUUCCUAGUACACAUAGAUUUAUAUUAUCUCUAUAUUACCCGCAUUUCUUUUCAAAGUCUAUAUGGGGACUUUCUUUUACUAGUUGAGAUCACCUCACUGAAAACACUUAUUUUUCCCACUAUCUCCACUAUAAAGGGCUAGAUUUAUCUAUCCAUCCAAUACAUUCAGAUAGCCUGCUAACGUUGUAGAGGAGUUAAUGCAGUCUCUCAUUGCUCUCCAAGGAUGUUGGUGAAAUCGUUUCAUUGUUGUGCUGGUGGUUUAGACGAGGAGGGUAAUGGUUUUUAGGUGGUGAGUUUGGUUUUGUCAAACCACUUAAACAAUGUGACAAACAGGAAAUGGUGCUCUAAGACUCCACAACAAGAAGCAGAUUGAAACUCUGUAAUGGUACCUCCUGCUGGCUGUGUGUAAGAUACAGUACCAUUCUGUGACACUGGAGAGAAAUAGGUUCCUGUCAGUGGGUUAGAUGACAUACUGUUCUAUUUUAUUCCCAGGUGGAAAUGUAAUGGGUUUUUAUUUAAAUGUUACCCAGAGGAAAUCUGUUUUUACCUGUUAUUCUCUCAUUCAGAAAGAAGAUUCUGCGGUUAGCGCUGAGCCUGAGAGAGACCUGCUGUAAUUUGCCCCACGAUGCCUUGCAGUGCGCCAGUGAGCAGGUGAGUGAGUGGUCAGAUAAGUUCUCCGCAGACCAUUGUCAAACCGCGAGCUUCCAGUGGAUCCCCAUGUGCUAUCACAAAGGGGUUUCAGAGAAAGAACUGGGAAUUGUAUCAUUAAUGCCAGUACAGCUAAGCUAUAACAAUCUAUUUUGGUUUAAAUCUUCCAAUUCUCUGUUGGUGAAUAAGCCCCCUAAUGUUACUAGUUAGGUGGUGUAUCAUUGACAUGUAUUCACAGUAUGUAGAAUAAUUAAAGCGUCUGUCACCCUUUCAAAAAAAAAAAAAGGUAUUUCAUAAAGAUAGCGUGUUUAUGAACCAUUUACACUAACUGUAAUAGAAUUUUAUUGAAAUUAAAAAAUGAGGACCAAUUUAUUUUUGUACAGCAUGAGGAUAACAAGACUGUACUAGAGAUGUAGCUUCGUUAUUGAGUUAUAAUUCCCCAUCAUCGCUAGUGAUGGGUAUAAUCAAGCUGCUUCUUGCAGAUCACGAUACUUAGUCUAUUGACAUUUGGUGGAUUAGGUGCCAAAGACAUACUGUACCCCCAGGCCCUUGCACCCCAAGUGGCAAUAUCACUAACGGGGUCUUUGCAGAAAUAUGACAGACCCUAAAGAUACCAGAGCCACUUUAACUCUUGCCGUACUGUAUGUGUGUGUCUAAAGUACAUGUAUGGUUGUAUUGGAGACACUUUGAGCACGCUGACAUGUACCAGAGGGAUCAUGAGACUUGCCUUUACAAGAAAGUGUAGCAGAGGUAAAGGUGUUUUGUUUUCCAGGGGGUGAAUAAACCAUGAACUGUCAAUUCUCUAGAGAAUGACUAUUAAGGUUAAAAGGCACAAUGGGUCCAGCUUGUAGUUUAGAGUGUGGUUAGGAGAACUCUUAAUAACCGUGCUGAGCUGACAUAGAUUGCCCAUACUCCUGUAGGAUAAUCUGUUUAUAAAAGUAAAAUGUUUUUUGUUUUUCUUGUAGAAAGAGAAGUUUAUAGAGAUUAUCUGCAGCUCCAGGAAAGCAGUGUGGAAUGACGCUCAGAAAUGUUGUAAGAAAAGCAAUGAAGAAAAGGCAGAGUGUUUCAAUUCCCACCUGCAGAAUGUGGCGUUAGUCGUAUCUCAGCAGAAGAAACCGGUGAAAUGAGACUUACGGAGAUCAUUACAGGAACCCUCCUCCUGAAUCCACAUAUACCUAGAGGUUUGGGACACGGAGGGCAAAGUGUGCACCAUGACUUUAUUUAGUUCACUCUCACACGGUCCGCGGUUCAGAGACCAGACUCCAACUAAACCGUUUGCAUGAAGUAGUUUGACUCGUGCAAGAAAUGCAUCAUUCUUAAUGACAAUCCUGACGAUCCAAUGGGCACUGCUUAUGUUUAGCGAUUUCAAUGUAUGGAUGCAUUGACCAAGGAUAGAAUGUGCCAGCAUAUUGCCAAUACAGUUAGCUGGCACAGGGAACUAACCUUAAUGGAGAAUUCAAACACCGAUACGGUCAUUGAAAUACCAAGAGGGUUUAUGCAUUGCCUGAG